AUGCGCACUAGGUUUGCUUUCCUUUCAACCAGGAAGACACGUGGGUCCCAGUGUGCAGGCAAAGUUAGUGGUGCUGUAUUACUGGUGUUUCAUCGCAGACAGCGAGCCCGAGCCAUGGAACCGGUGCUGAACCUGAAUAAUGAGGUGAGAGCAGUUUCCAGAGCACGCUUACACUGUGUGUGCUAGGCUACUCACUCAUGGACAGGGUUACUGGAUACAAAGUGUUCCCUGUCCACAUAUAGGUCAUGCAUACUGACUUGCAGCACAUGAAAAGUACUGACUGUAAAAUUGCAGUAUGGAAUUGCUUCACGUCAGAAAUUAAGUCAUUAGUCCAUGGAAAAAUUCUGCAACGUAUAAAUUCUAUCUUCUGUAAGGCAGCACUUUUCAUUUAAUACCUGUCAACAUGAAGUGUUGUGUCCAUGAAAUCUUUGGGGAUGUGCUAACCUUGGGCAUAGGAAGCUGACACAAAAACCAAUGGAAGCAUUGUUUGGACUUGAUGUAAUUCUAAAAUAUUGUUUGACUGGUUGUUAGCCCUCCUGUUGUGUGCAAAAUGUACCCCAUGACUCUCAGCCAUCCCUCCAGUAAUGGGAUUUUUUGUUUGGUGCUAAAGAUCUUUAGGAAAAGCACAUAUUAUGAGGCUCUCAUCUUGCUGCUGUGUAUAAACUUUAAACAUGUUGUGUUAUUGUAUCCAUAGUGUAUUACUGUAGGCAUUUUAUAGUGCCAACAUAUUCCCCAGUUCUUUACAAUUUUAGUAUGUAUAUAUAGUAGCACAUGAGGCAAACUAUUACAUAUGUUAACAGGAACAAAAGGUUAAUGAGGAACCUGCUUAAAUGAGCUUAAAAUCUAGAUGCUGGUUACCGGUCUAUCUUGUAAAAUGUCUCUGUAUUUUGUAUUUGUUUAAGUAGAUCACCCAUGCUACUUCGGACAGGGUUUCAGAAGCUCCUGCAGAGGAUUUUCUUUUAGAUUUUCUGAGUUAAAGAACACCAUAGCAACUCGUGUGACAUCAUGUAGGAGGCAUGACCUCCUCUGCCGAUGUCCAAUACAAUGCUCUGCAGAGUAGAAUUAGGCGCCUCGUGUAUGCGCCCCGAGUUCCUUGCGCAUUCACGCUUCCCCAUAGUACAGUAUUGUAUUAAUGCUUUACUAUGGGAGCUUUCUUGUCAAUUUUACUUGGCCAGUGCAGCGGAAGCUCCUCUAAGGGCUAUUAGUUUGACAGCCACUAAAGGUGAACUUAACAAUGCAAUGUAAACAGAUUCUAAAAUAAACUGCAAUAGUGAUGUCCCGAACGGUUCACCGCGGACUCAUCAUUGAGUAAAAUUUGACCCUGUACCUCACAGUCAGCAGACACAUUACAGCCAAUCAGCAGCAGCCCCUCCCACCUCCUGGACAGCAUCCAUUUUGAAGCUGCAUUCUUAGUGAGCUGUCCAGGAGGUGGGAGGGGCUGCUGCUGAUUGGCUGGAAUGUGUCUGCUGACUGUGAGGUACAGGGUCAAAGUUUACUCAAUGAUGAGUCCGCGGCGAACCGUUUGGGACAUCACUAAACUGCAAUGUUUUACACUUAAGGGUUAACAGGUCAGGGACAUGGCAUUUCAUUUAGAUGAAGUAACCUGGGUGACUCUUGUGUUUCUUUAAAGGGAUUCUAUAGUGACAGGAAAACAAACUUGUGCUCCUGGCACUAUAGGCUCCUGCAAUGCCCCCCUUCCGUGGUGCUGAAGGGCUUAAAACCCUUUCCGUCACUUACAUGAAUCCAGCACAGAUGUCCCUUGGUGCUUGGUUAGGCUCCGCCCACGCCGAUGUCAGCUGGCGGGGCAGACCUAAUGCGCAUGUGCGCCAACGGCCACGCCCGCAUUUGGAUUUCCCCAUCGGAAAGCUUUAUUCAAUGCUUUACUAUGGGGACAAAUCUGACGCUGGAGGUCCUCAUGCAGUGCGUGUGCACGUCCAUUGUCAGAUAACUGACCAAAGGUCUGUUUCAAUUCCAGAAGCCACUCUAGUGGCUGUCUGGUAGGCAGCCACUAGAGGAGGAGUUAACCCUUUAGAGGUAAUUAUUGCAGUUUCUCAGAAAAUGCAACAAUUACCACUGUAGGGUUAAAGAGCAUUGCACCCAGACCACUUCAAUGAGCUGAAAUGAUCUGGGUGCCUACUGUGUCCCUUUAAGUCAUUCACUAACAGAAAUUCCAGCUCUGUCGUAGGUAGUGGAGACGAGGGGAUAGCACAAAUGUAUAGAGAACCUUCCUACAAUUUUUAGACUCUUAUGACUGUCAUAGAUAUUGGAGUAUCACAAAGAUCUUCUUUUAUAUCUCUAACUAAUUGUAUUUUGUUUGCUUUUUUCGUUGUUUUCAGGUGAUCACUGUUAUCAUAGCGGCUAGAUUAUUACAUAUAUUUGAAAUGGUAUAAAGACCCAAAAAGACAGCCUUGCUUUUUUUCCUUUUUCUUUUUCUUUUCUUUUCCUUUUUUUUUUUUUUACUUCAAAGGGUUAUUCCAAGCACCAUAACCACAGUGACUUGAAGUGGCCAUGGUAUCUGAAGUCUGUAUGUGCAACAUUCUGUUUUGAAAGCUUUCACAUAUAGAGAUUAAGAUGUUCCCCCUUCGGAAGCAUCAUUAGCUAGCCCAGAAGAAAUUUCCAGGCUAUCUAAUGUCACUUCUGUGCAAAAUUGGCAUCUGAUGACAACACGCUGGUGACACAGCCAAUGGUAGCACAGCACCACCUUUCUGUGCUGCCCCUGUUUUCCCCUCAGUCUGUUGUCACUCCUUAAGAAGGGGAGGGAGAUCAGCCAAGGAACAUAAGGGUGAGAGAAGAAUUUGGGCGCUGCGUGGAUAUUAAUUUUAGCUUUUAUUUCUUACUUUUGGGGGGAGAGGGUACCUGAGAAAUAUUAUUCUAACCAAAACCAGCAUUUUAUGAAAACACAGUUUUUUUUGGUUUAAGUAACUGUGAAGCCUUUGCUGCCAGAGAUGUAACUCCACCCUUUGCAGCAUCUUUGGGGUUCAUUAAUCUGUCUAGUACAAGAAUUCUGAUCUGAAAAUCUGACCUCAAGUAUUGUCAAUAAUUCUAAAGAGAUUUUCGCAGUACAGUAAAAAUACAAGUGCUCCUCACACAACAACAGAGUUCCGUUCCUACAACUUGGUCGUUAAACAAGGACCACCCUCUGACCAGGGUGAAAUUUGACGGGUGAAAUUCACAUUUGUUUCUGUGUACAGUACGGUACUGUAAAGCUGUAUGUCGCAUCUUUGUCGCAAUGUGAUUUUCGCCCAGGUCAGAAGGAUCCCAAGUCAUUUUUAUUUACAGGUAUUGUACAGUACUAGAGUACAGGUACUGUAUUCACAUGAAAGCCUAAUUGGAAUAGAAGUUACACAACACCUGGAGGAGUGGUACAUAUUCCCCUAUAUAAGGUGUACAUAAAAAUACAAAAAUAACAAUACGCAAGUCUAUAAAAAUAAGAUGGCGCAAAGACUAUCAAUACAUUAAAUAAAGUUCGAUAUUGCUUCAGAUCUUGGUAAUAAGAUUCAAACAAUGAAAAAACAAAAGUGCUGGUGUGCAAGAUUUAAAAGAAUACCCUUAGUGAUACUAUGUAGCAAAAGCGGUAUUUGGGUGUUUAUAUGCAAUAUAGUGAAAUAAUAUUAACCCACAUUAUAACAUGUGUAUAUACUUGCAAUUCUGCAAGUAUACACUGGUGGAAUUUGCAAUUUGAAGACAAAAAGAAACACAGAAAGCACUCCCAGUGCAAUAAAGAUACAAAAAUAAAACAAAUAUGUAUAAAACCUCUGUAGGUAUUGAGCCAAUAGCCCCACUCAAAGCUAGAAUGCCCAGGGAGGAUCAGUCCCUAGAGUACGUGGGAUCCAACAGAUGCUCUGGUGACCUGGGUUACAGGUAAAAAAAAAACUCCUUUAUUUCAAGCCUUAAAAACACAUAUAGCAGCAAAAAAAGUCUACCGUCUGCUCAACAGCCCUCUGGUAGUGAAGGACAGUUAGGAUGUAGCCGCCGUCCUACUCCUUCCGAUCGUGACUGGUCUCGCCGGUGUGCAAGCUUCAAACACUUCACGUUAUUGGUCCGAGAUGCAUUUUGCCCCUCCUCCUGGGGCUUUGCUCGUUUGAGAGUAAAUUAAGUACAUUAGCAAGUUCCAUAACUGCUUGAUUUAUGACAUCAAUAUGCUGGUGCUUGCCACACCCUUGGAGAUUAUUCUCAAAACAUUUUGCCAUAUACCUUGCAUACACUUUUCUGUUACUCCUUCAAAGUUGAUUCAAUUUUCAUGCAGUGUAAAAGGUUGUACUAAUUCCAAUAAUCACGACAAGUUACUCCGUCACUUUCUGUUGCUGCUACAGCUCUGGAAAAAGUUGUGCGUAAAUAGUAUGCUUUGAACAUAGCUAUAGCCCCCUGGUUUAUUAGCUGUACGGUUGCACUUGUAUUUUUAGAAAGGUACAUCUGGGUGUAGAUCAUCAAGAUGCUGGGGGUGGCCUGGGUCAUUAUCGAGCAGGAGGAUCAUUAUUAAGAGAAUGCCCUUUUACAGACAAUAAUGUUUGACCAAGGGUAUGAAGCAGUUAAAUAACCAAUCCUCAAAUAAUGCUUGUGUCAUCCAUGCCUUGUUAUUGCACGAUAGUAAACGGGCAGCGUGUGCUUAUUAACCUGCUUGAAUGCACAUGGGUUCUCUGAGCGAUCGAUCAGGAAAGGCUUUAAUUUGAGCCCAGCAACAUUUCCUCCCAAUAAUGUCAUCCUGUCCUUAAAAGCCUUGAAACUGGACAUUGUUUUAGCUUCUUUGUGUAUGUGUGAUUUUUCAUGUAUUUUUUUUUUUCCAAAAUAGCCCAUUUUUGUCCAGGUGAAGUCAUGCUCUUCCUUUUUGCCGACAUCUUGUACAUACUCGGAAUCGCAGGUAAUCCUGCUCUAGAGAGGAAUUCCCCUCCGAAUUUGAGACUCGUGAAUUUCCCUCCGAAUUUCUUGCGAAUUUGCUUUUUUUUUGCCCUUUGUAUCUCUGGUUGUUGUCCGAGUAGGUUGCAAAGUGAGGAGUAUCUGUAUUUACAAACAUAAAAAACUAUCUACUGCAGUGAAGGUUAUCUUUUAUGGCUUUAUUAAAAGGUUCCAAUUAGAUCCCUCUUUUCAGUGUUAAGCAAUUUUUUUUCAUGAUUUUAAUACUGAAUGAAGAUCUCCAGGUGCUUACUGCCUGGCUCACUUGAGGAAUUCAGAUAGAAAGGUAAAAAUCCACCCUCACACUAUUACAGUUCUCACUAUGGUAUGGGUAUGAUAUGUAGAUUCGUCCCUGCAGUCCAGUUUCAAUAAUAAUUAGAAAACUAAAGGUCCAGCACACAGUUGUAAGGAAAAUGCUUAACAAAGUCUUUGCUGUUAGAUCGAAACAUAGCUUGAUGUAGGACUGAAAUUUUGAGUUGUAUUGUACAGUGUGCUUUGGAAAUCUGCAUUAAUACCCAACUGAGUGGACCAGAGUCCAUGUGUCAUCCAUAAAAUAUUAUGAAUUCUGGCUGCUUAGUCUUAUCUCCGAAUGUCUGUCAUCUGACACUCUGACACGCUCACCCAAUCACUGGUGCUCAUCAAUGCUUGGGCUAAUGUGGAAACAUUGGCCCAAACAGCACAGAGGAGUUGGCUUGCGGUUGCUUGAGGACUCUCAUUUCAAUGUUAAAUCAUUAAAAAAUGUUAACCACUGAAGAAGGUGUGGUGCCAGGGGACUUUAGUCUUUUCAGAGUGGCUAUAGGGCCUGUGACGGAAGUAAACCAUCACUGGGAGCCUAAGAUGGACACUUGAUGUAGAUCCCGGGUGACUCUUAUGUUUGUCACCUUGUGUCCAUUAUAGGUGUAAAGUGUGUAUUAUUAUUUGCUAAAGGUUUGUGUGCUCUCCUGUCCUGAUGCUUUCUACCAAAUAGGUGGGUUUGGCUGUGGAACCUGUGCAGCACCAUCUGUUGGUUGUGAAGGUCUUGCAAUGGUUGUGUGCAAAACCUCUUGUUUAUUGCAGCCACUAUGUGCACCACCUGAAUGGAGGUACUCUGUGGUUUGUUUGUUUGUUAAGGUACAUUUUCAUAUUGUAGUUUCUGCGAGCAGGGGACACUUUUCUUGUUGGUCAUUGUCUUUUCCUCCCCUUUGUGGAUACUUUAUUAUGUUGUUCUGAGUGACUGUAUAAUUCCCUUUGUGAUUUGAUUGUGUGUAUUGGAUUGAAUUUGUCACCAUAGGCUUGAUAUUAUGCUGAUGGAGGCUGGUCCUUAAUGAAACUGAAGUAUUGUGUAUGUAGUUCCAUUGGGUACUCGGUCUCCUGUCUGGUUUGUUCUGGGAAUAACCAGUUAGUGUUCAGACUGCACUGGUCCCUGAUUCCCAGCAUGGGUUAAGAAGGAGCUAGGGGUGAGAGCCAUAGGUGUCUUUGUAAAGGCAGGAGUUGGAGACCAUGUAGGCAGAGGUGUCUACCUGCUUGGGAGAGAAAAGAAGGAGCAGAAGGUACAAUACCUGCCUGGAAGAAGAGUGCUGCCACCUGGUCCAGUGGAAGAGGUCCUAAGAAAUCACAGUCAAGCUUCGGUGACUGGGUCUGAAGCGCUACAAAGUCCUUUGUAUCAGAGAGUUGACCAGGCGGAGGUAGUCCGUGCCUAGGUUUCUAGAACCUUUGCCCUCGUUUCUAUAACGGUCUCUUUUACUCCCUCAAUUUGCGUUUCACUCUUAAAUGUGCAUUACAUUACACAUCUGCAAAAAGUUGCAGUUCUGGAUCACCCGUGUAUCUCAAGUUGGAUUUUGAGAAGUCCUUCUUGGGCAUAGAAACCUGUGUAAUCAUGUUUCCAGCAUGGACAGGCAUCAUGUUUCAGACUUCAUACUGCAUUUAUGUGAAUACCCUUAUCAAUGGACACUGUUUUAAAAGCAGCCUUUUCUAAACCAAAGUAUGGGCUAUAAUCCGGAAGGUUCAGUGUAAUGAAAACGCCCAUGGACUGCAGUUUUUAAAUUUAGUUCUCAUUAGCAUGGUGCCGGUUCUGAUCUGGAAGUUGAAUUAUCUCUGAGAGCAUUUAGCUAGGUACCAAAAAAAUUGUGGUGAGACCAAGCACAAUAAAACUACCCACAGUGCAGGUACAAAUACAAAAAUUAGUAGGCAUCACUUGCAUUUUACUUUAUGCUCACAAGAUGGCAGUAGAAAGUAGAAAAGAAAAAGAAAAAAACCUCUAUUGAAAAAUAGUAAAAUAUUGCACCCAAUUUAUAUAUUUUUAUAAGUAUACAGUGUACGUUGAGCAAAUUCUCUAUACUGUAGUUUUGUUUUAACCCCUUAUGGACAGAGGAAAUUGUACAAGUUCUGACCAGAACAAAACCAUUAUAAAACCUAGAAUAUAAGUUAUAUUUUUGUUCAAUCAUAAUUAAUUUCUUUCAUAUUAAGUGCACCGACACUUGUAUAUCAUUUUGUUCAGGAGAAAUAUAGUUUUUAUUUCACAUCAAAUAUUUAUAUAUGGUACACUAUUUAAUACGAAUAUAAUCUAAUCAAUAAUGAGAAAUUUAGAAAUGUUAUUUCCCGAGCUCUGCAUGGCAUUUUAAUUGUGGAUGUCAUAUUACUGUUUGCUUUUACUGCAAUAAAACACACAUUUGUAUGCUGUGAUGUCCUAUGAGUACAACGAUGCCCCCUAUGUACCGUGGGACACCACAGCAUACAAAUAUGUAGGUUUCAUGGCGUUUUGGAAAGUUACAUGGUCAGAUAAAGAGCCUGCCCAUUAAUGGUUUUUACACAUUGAAAUUUGCUAGAUUGGUUUGCUGAGCCUAUUUUGCCUGUGAGACCAUGUGACAACCCAGGAAUGAAAAUGUAACCCCAUCAUGGCAUUCGAUUAGCAAAAGUACACAAAAUGGGUUAUGUCCAGUCUUUUUUAGUAUUCACUUAGUCACAAUCCCUGGCCAAAGUUAGCAUCCAUAUUUGUUUUUUACAUUCUUCACACACAAACGGCACAAUAACUGAUGAUGUCAUUGUCUUAUGUUUUACUGCUCUAAAACACUCCUAUUUGUGUUCAGCGAUCUCUCACGAGUACAACAGUAACCCCCAUUUGCUGCAGGUAACUGCCUUGGUUGUCAGGCAGUCUGUCCCCUCCCCCAAGAUCACCGUGGUGGGUAAGUAUACACGCUCCUGGGAGGGCCUGAUUGUUAGGGUGUGAUAUGCUGCCCUAACAGACUUAAAGCACUCCUUUUGUAUUACGGCAUUGCACGCCCUAAUGUUGUUAAGGGGUACGUGAGUAAAUGUAUUUAAUAAUGUUAGUGUGUUCAGUUGUGCAAUGUCAACAACGACACAGCAGGCUUAUACGGUUUCCAGAAACUAAAAUCCGCUAUCAGGGGAAUUUAGUUUUUUAUGUAAACAUAUAUAUUGCCACAUAAAUCACUUUAUAAUUACUGGCAGGUUCAUUCAGAAGUUAAUUCUGUAAGAUCUCAUGGCAAAGUUUUGGUUACAUGGUGUUAAAUAGAGGGUCUCCUUUACUCUUGGUAUUCCUUUAACAUUUUUAAGGAGCUGAGCUUUUAAGUUAUGAUUACAUAUUAUGACAUUCAUGGUCAAACCUCCUUUUGUUUUGAUUUUGGUAAUCAUUGUAAAUAAAAAUAAAGUUACUCCAACCAAUGCUGGACUAACUUAUGCUGGCAUAAAAAACAUACAAAAAUAAUACAUCUAACGAAAAUAUCUAUAUCUGAGGCAAUUGGCAAUGUUGCCUGAUUCUCCUUCAGCGGCAUCACCCCCUCUAGCCACAGAGAAGGGAAUGUCAGGGAGGAUACAAUGGGUGCUUUUUAUGCUCAGAACUGACAUUCGGAAGCUUUAAUCAGCUUGGUAAUGACUCUGCCACAGGUGCAGACCUCAGACAGCAGUGUUCUGUACCGCACUUACUGAAACGUUGCACAUACAGACUGUACGCACCAUGACCAGUUACAGUCACUGACAGGAUCAUGGUGCUUGGCUUAUCCCUUUCAUUUUAUUUAUCUUUAUUCUUUAAAUGUUUAUUCAAGACUUAUCCCGAAAAAACCAAAAAACGACAAAAUAAUUACUUGGACGAGUCAGGCACAGUACCUGGGGGGAGUGGCAUUAUGUCAACUCGAAAAAUUUGGAAAAUGAGAAGCAUGGGAGGUUUGAGGAAUGAGGGGGAAAAAAAGAAAACAUACUGGAAGUUUGAGUAUGAUCAAAAGAGCUGUACUCUGGGAGGAUCGCCCCAUGUCCAGAUGCAUCAUUAAAUUCCUCUGUGUGCCGAUCCAUUUACUGUGAUAAGAUUGGUUUCUUGAAAUCAGAGUAACCAUAAAAUGGUCUAUUUGUGACUUAGCAUAAAACAUAUUGUAACCGAGUAAACUUGCAGAAACCAGACACAGAGAGAUGGAUGCAGGUUUUCAGAAAGUAGGAGGUCUUUAUUAACAUAGCGAUUGGGUCUCAGUUGAACUAACAUUCCAAAACAGGUCUGAGGGCCGAACACAUGGAGUACAUGCUUUUUAUAGAACUAUAACUCCUCCCAUUAAUAGCUCCACCCGCACAUACCCUUAACCAAUUGGUGGACAGGAUUUGGAUUUCCUUAUAUGGGCAGACCACAUGGCUCAUCCGAAACAAAGGAGAAGGAAUGUGAUUUCAGUUCCUGCACAUGCUCAGUACAUUGAUGACAUAUCUUAGCUACGUGUAACUAACUGAUACAACAUACACAUAUGCCACGUGGAAAUCUCUGCCUACUAAAUUUACAUUUCACCGAAAUUCCAUCACAAUAUAGUUGUUGACAAGAAAAUUAGUUGUUGUUUUUUUUUUUGUUUAAGGAACAUAAAUUGACCUUGCUAAAUCUGCAAUCUUCUUUUUAAAUGUGUGGCUGUAUUUUGCACGCAUGAAAUUCCUUAUCUGUAUUAUUUAAUAGUUCUGCUUGUAAUCAGGGUGUUAUCAUUUUUUUUUUUAUCUGGGUUGCUGGUAAUUGCUGAUUUUUAUUCAUUAAGUAUGAAAUAUCCAUGUCUUUCUUAUCAGAAACAUCUGUAUAGUCUGGAACUAAUUUACUUGCCACAUGCCAUGUGCAGUCACAUGGUACAUGUACUGCUUGGUCUAGUAUUGUAUUCCUUCUCUUUAAUGAACAGUUUUAGGUAAAGUUAAAGGACCACUAUAGGCACCCAGACCACCUCAGCUUAAUGGCUGAAUGCGCGUGCAACUUCUGGCUGAAUGCGCGUGCGGCUCCUGCCGCGCAUGCGCAUUCAGCCGAAGAGGAGGAGAGUCCCCCGUCAGGCGCUGGAGAAAGAGGUAAGUUUAACUCCUUCCACCCCCUAGAGCCCGGCGGGAGGGGGACCCUGAGGGUGGGGGCACCCCCAGGGCACUAUAGUGCCAGAAAAACGAGUAUGUAGCAUCUCUACGGGUUGCUUCUGAAUAUGCAACCGCUCAUCAUUUACUUAGCACAAUUGGAAAGAGAACUAGGAAUAACCUUGAUCCACGAUCAAUGGCAAAAUGUGUUUUUCUUGAUUCAUAGGAAAGCAUCAGAAUUUCUGAAAAAUACUUUUCUGUGGUCUCAAAUAUCUGUUGGAAAUGCUGCCGGGAGAAGAGACGUACAUCCAUUUAUGAAAGUCUUUUCUCUCACUGAAGUCUUUUUGAUAGAGAGUCUAGAGGGCGCUAACUUAUUUUUUAGAAUGGUAGCUUGUUCAAUCCUUUAAUUAUUUUGUUACAGUUUAUCCAUGUGGCAAAAGUAACCUCGCCACUGGGUUUUGGAGAGGCCUGCUUGCCAGCCUCUUGCCCUGUGACUAUGGCCCCUGGGGUGUAUUGCCUUUUAAAAACACUAUUUGUGCAUAUUGGGACUUGGCACAAUGCCCCUUGGACUUUUAACUGGAACAGUUUCAAAUAUGAGGCGGCGGCGGCCAUCUUAAAUUGUCCAGCAGUGUUUUGUUGUCUAGUGUAUGGAACUGUUUUGGGCAUGGGACCAUGUGCACGGUGGGGAAAAAAUACUUCCAGGAAAUUCCUGAACCCCUGAACUGAUCUGGGUGAUUUUUGGAUAUGUUGUUCACCCAGAUCGGGACUAUCAGGGGAUGUGGGGAUAUGUUGUAUUUUGUUUUUUUCUGCUUAGAGUUAAUUCAGUUAGUCCAUUGUCUUUGUUAAUUGUAUCACAGGCAGAGGGGAGGGUUUGUGUACAUUAUCUGGGAGUGUCUAACUGUGCAAGACUGUUUUGAAUGGUUUUGUGACUUUGUGUCCUGUGCUCCACAAGGUCCACGUGGGUGCUAACCUUCUGGGGAAAACUGUAUAAAAGACAAUAAACCCUCAGAUCUGCUGAGUUCCUGUUUUACCCUCAACAUAGAACCUCGUCUCAUGUGUGGGGGAAAAGACUGCAUCUACACUGGGGGAUUGCUAUACUCUGUAUACUCCCCUGGGCUAUAAUCACUAAGCUCUUUUAAGAGCUUGUUCCUGCUACUCUCUCUUGGAGGAGAGGGUCACCCACUGGAACCUGGAGCCUUGUCAUAGGUCCAGGUUGGGUAGAGGAUGGCGAGUUCCCAGCAAAGCUGCGGCGGUUUGGAUCUGUAGUGCUUAUGGUGUCUGGUGUGGUGCUGAUGGUCCUUGGUAAGCACUAGGAGCAUCGAUUGACGGAGGGUCCGUCACAAACCAUAUGCCUAUUAAAAGGUAUAAAAACAUAAAUAGGAUUUAAACAUUUGAUCAGUGUGUCAAAAUCCUUAUUACCUAAAGGGUAUGACAGAUAAGGUAGAGCUGCUAUUUUGUGCUCCUGGGGUAGUUAGAUUGCAUCAGACAGUUUCUGUUCAUAGAGAAUAAAUACUGGUAUUUCUUAAUGUACUAAGAAUGACUUCUAAAGCCUUAUGAAAGGGUUGCCGGUGGUGUGAUCUGCAUUAUGACUAUAUACAAGUCGUUCUUCAUUUUAAAGCACAUAUAGUAGCUCCAUUCCUAAAGAGGCCCAAGCUUACAUAAGAGGGCACUCUUAAACCCUCCUUUAAAACUUUUUUGCAGAUAUGUGAUGCAUGUUGAAUCCUGUCCAUACUGGUUGCAAAAUAGACAGCUUUUGUAUUGCACUUUUUGUAAAACUAUCUGCACGUUAACCUUAAAGGGACAUUAUAGUCACCAGGAUCACUACAGAUUAAUGUAGUUGUUCUGGUGUCUAUAGCCUGUCCCGAUAGCCUUUUCAAUGUAAACGCUGCAUUUUCAGAGAAAAGUCAGUGUUUACAUUACUGCCUAGUAACUCCUCUAGUGGCAGUCACUCAGGUGGUCUAUUCUCUAAUCUGGACGUCUGUUAUUAUGAUCUCAGCCAAGGGAGCGGAGCCAGAACUGGCAGACGCACACAGCGCUUGGUUAAAGGUAAGUUUUAUAUAAGGUAAAGUAAGUUUAUACAUUUGUAUUCCUGACCCUGUAGUGUUCAUUUAAUCUAAAGCCUGUAUGAAAAAUCUUCCAAUUUCAGUAUGGCGUGCACUUUUAAUUGAUAACAUUCCAGAGUUAAUUUUUAACAAUACAUUGCAGGUGAUUUGAUGUAUUUGGAUUUUUUCUAAGGAAAUAUCUAGGGUUCCACACAAAAUGUUUUUGUACAAAUACAAAUCAAUUAGUUUGGGUGAAAAUAUUUCUUUUUGGAUUGAGCAUUGGCUUAAAGAAAGAAGAAACGUUUCAAACUGGGCAGAAGUGCUAAGUGAAGUAUCUUAUUAUACCAUUCUAUGUAAUCUGUUUUCAAAUAACCACUACAAUUAACAUAACCACUCCAGCCCACUGUACUGGUUAAGGUGCCAGGUCCCAUCUUGCCUGGAUACCCAGGCCACCUGUACUGCAUCUAGGUGCCUCUAGCCAACUAACCAUGGCCAGUACACGGCUGUGUUUGUUGGCUGACACUUCCAGCCAAAGACUGCUGUCCUGCAUGGCCCAGCUUAGCUCAGCAGAGCUAUUUACACUUUCCUAAAGAAGACUUUAAACAGACUGUGCGGCCGCUGGUGCUUGGAGAAACCCACGCAAAUUGUCAAGUUGUACUAAAGGAGCUUGACUACUUACCGUGGUAUGGUGCCAGGUCAUGUAUUGCACCAUAACCACUAUACUGUGCUGUAGUGGUCAUGGUGCUUGGAGUGUUCCUUUUAUGAUCUUGAUCUGUACUGAAUAUGAUCAAAUAUAGAAAAGGUAAUAGAAUGUGAAUAGGCUAUGUUCUCCACAGAGGGAUUUGAACAAAUAAGAGAACUAGGCAGGAAAGUUGCAGAAAAGAUGUUUAAAGUUAUGCAUUUUGGGAUAAAGCACCAACAAGAAACAUACUUUAAAGCGUUGUGUUCAAAUUAACAGUAAAAAAGUUUUAGUUUUUGAAGAAAUUUUAGUUAUGAAAGGAACACUAUAGUCACCUAAAUUACUUUAGCUAGAUAAAGCAGUUUUAGUGUAUAGAUCAUUCCCCUGCAAUUUCACUGCUCAAUUCACUGUCAUUUAGGAGUUAAAUCACUUUGUUUCUGUUUAUGCAACCCAGCCACACCUCCCCUGGCUAUGAUUGACAGAGCCUGUAUGAAAAAAAAACUAAUUUCACUUUCAAACAGAUGUAAUUUACCUUAAAUAAUCGUAUCUCAAUCUCUAAAUAGAACUUUAAUCACAUACAGGAGGCUCUUGCAGGGUCUAGCAAGCUAUUAACAUAGCAGGGGAUAAGAAAAUCUUAAUUAAACAGAACUUGCAAUAAAGAAAGCCUAAAUAAGGCUCUCUUUACAGGAAGUGUUUAUGGAAGGCUAUGCAAGUCACAUGCAGGGAGGUGUGACUAGGGUUCAUAAACAAAGGGAUUUAACUCCUAAAUGGCAGAGGAUUGAGCAGUGAGGCUGCAGGGGCAUGUUCUAUACACCAAACCUGCUUCAUUAAGCUAAAGUUGUUCAGGUGACUAUAGUGUCCCUUGAAGAAAUGGUAUCAAAACAAAUUGUUUACUUAAAGGGACACUAUAGUCACCAGGCCAACUACAGCUUACUGUGGUUGUGCAGCACUGAUGUUUAGCCUCUCCAUGCUCUACAUGGAGGUGCUGAAUGCUUCCCAUAGAGAUGCAUUGAUUCAAUGCAUGUCUAAGGAAAUGCUGAUUUACAAUGUGCAGCAUUUAGACGUGCGUGUGCGAUAGCCUCCCAAUGCUUUCCAUUGGAUGGCCUGAGAUCAUCAAGUUAGAUCUCAGCCAAGGAGGCGGAUCCAGCCACUGGGAGAACUGUGCAGUGCUGGAAAAAAUGUGUAAACUUACCUUUUACUUUGCAGAUGGGGCUGGCCACCUAAAUUGUGCAUUUAGACCUAUAGUGUCAGGAAUACACCUUUGUAUUCCUGACACUAUAGUGUUCUUUUAAAGACAUCUCAGGGUACAAGAUAGCACUGUACAGAUAUAUACAAACAACAAAGGGAAAAACAAGUGAUUUAGUAUACAGGGAAUCAUUCAAAAAUAACCUUUAUAAUGAGUUAAAAAGUGGUACCCCACUUGAUCAUAGGUUAAAACUGACCAAUAGUACAAUUAUAUAUUUCUUGAUAAGUGAAAAGCAUAUAAUACUAUUGUAUCGGGAGUGGGUGUCUCAAAAUAGAAUCUGUAUCUUUUCAAAAUGCCUACUCAUGAUAGAUUGAAGGACAGUGUAACAGUAUACCAGAAGGGACACACAAACAGGGUUAUUCACUAAAGUGAGAAUUAAAAUUUAAGGUCAAAGUAGCAAAACUGGAAAAAUUCAGCUAUUCUGUCACUUUGUCCUUAAACUUGAAAUUUGUGUUGAAUUCUCACUUUAGUAAAUAAGCCUUAUAAACCAAAACUCCAGAUAAAUGUGUAAGAGGCAUGAGGGUUCUAUUGAAAAAGAAGCUACACACUGCAGUCACAUAUAAUAAAUGUAACUACUAUACCCUACUAACAGUCCUACAUCCCGAUCCCCAGUGCAAAAUGCAAUAAACUUAUGGCAAAUAACAUUAGAUCAACAGAUUUAAGUGCAAAUGCAAUUAAUUGCAAGCCUUGAAACCCGAAGAAUGCCUUCAGAAUGCAUAUACAACAAUGGGAGGGGGAAACCAAAUGAUAGAGAUAUAUCAACUAAUCGUGUAUCAUUAAUCAUGCCUAAGUAGCCUAACUCAUUCAUAGAGUGUACAUGAGACCAUUUUCUUACAUAUGUAACAUUAUGGGAGGAGAGCUGUCACAACUCACCAUUCAGAAUGGGGUAGUGUUCCAAGUUGAAACAAUCCGGUUACUACAACAUUCCCAUAAGGCAAAGAAGACAAAGAUUAAUAGAAUAUAUUUGUUGGUUAAAUCAAGAUAAAUGGCCAUGUUCAAAACGCUGUUGACUUAAUUCUAAAGUCAAAGGAGUUGAUUGAGAAUAGUCACAGCGAUAUAAUUAGAUUGAGGAGAAACUGUGUAAAGUGCCAAAAACAAAACAAUGCAUGUCAGAGGUAAUGAACAACAUUGCAAGGAUCUCUUUUAAAUGGGCUCCAAUACACAGAAAAAAAAUGUACUCCAGGCUACCAGAUGGGAGAGCAAUGAAAAAAGAAAAUCAUAUACCGGUGCACAUCCAUCCAAAAGCUUAAAUUAAAUUAAACUGAUCUCAUCCAUAUACCACAGACACCCUAAAUGCCAAGGGAGAUUAGAUACUUUCUACGUCUUAGAAUAUAAGUUAUCUCUUUCUCUUUUUUUCCAUUUUGUUUAGAACUUUUAAAUAAGUACACUUCACAUGACUCAAAAAUGACAAAUUAAUGUAUAACUGGGGUGACACAGAGUUCUCCAUUUAAUCAGCUCGAUUUUUGUGUUUGAAACACAAGAAUUCAUUUGGAUUCAAGUUUUAAAACAUAUUUGUUUAAAUCACCUUUACUAGGGUUAAUGUGCCUCUUUUUAAUCUUUCGAAACAUAGUCUUCAUUGUAAGAUGCACCCAUGACAUGAGACAGAAGUAAUGAUCUUGGCAGUAAUUACCGAAUUUACGUUCUGUAAAAUCCUGCAUCUGAAUUAUGUUAUGCCUCCAUACUGAAGACCGCAGCUUUCUUACUUGAUUAUUUUAUAUACAAAGAAGUCUCAAGUGACUUGUUCAAUAAUAUGAUUGUACACAGGUCAUCUAUUUAGACUUCAAAACAGGAGAUUUUACUUGCACAAGAGAAAAGGGAAUUUAAAAAAAAAAAAAAGUUGUUGGCUUUUUUUUUUUUUUUGUUAAAUAGUUUGAGUGGCUAUAGCGACUCUGAUAACACAGAAGCUAUAUUUCUUCAUUAUUGAGCACUAUUCCAUCCCACCUGGAUGGCAUUGAAAGGCUGAGAACACUAGAUUUACCUACUACUUCAUUUUGCAAUGCAGAAUUUUGGAAGUAUUGUGAAACAUGAAAAUUCAUUGCUACUAAGUAAACGGAACAAUGUGUAUAAAAAUUCACUUGAAUCAGUGGAGACCACAGAGAACCGUGCCACUUAUUUCCUCCCCUCUAUUUACAUUGUAUUUAGACACAAAUCUGUAUCUGUUUAGUAUCGGAAAAACUACAAAUUCUGUAAAUGUUACUGCUGGCUCUUAAAUUGUAUAGGUAUUUUAUAGCCAACAAUGUAGUGCAUGGCUUGACAAAUUUGUUUGGAAUCUAGGAGCCAGUUAAAGUUAGAAGCCAGUUUUUUUUUUAAUUUUUUUGGGGGGCUGGGGGGAGUUUAAAAGGGACACGAUAGUCACCAGAACCACUACAGAUUAAUUUAGUUGUUCUGGUGUCUAUAGCCUGUCCCUGUAGUCUUUUCAGUGUCAAUGCUGCAUUUUCAGAGAAAAGGCAGUGUUUACAUUGCUGCCUACUAAGACCUCUAGUGACAGUCACUCAGACGGCCACUAGAGUCCUGUGUCAGUGCUCUGCAUGGAGGCGUUUAAUGUUAGCUAUAGAGAACAUGCGCAAUAUCCUCCCAAUGCUUUCCUAUGGGAAAACAUUGGCUUAGAUGAGAUCAUAAAGAUUUAUGAUCUCAGCUAUGGAGCCGGAACAAGCCACGACGAAACCAGCAUGGCAUGGGGAAAAGGGUGAGUGAAAACACCAAUUGUGAUCGAAUGGGGGGGCAGGUACCUAAACACACACACUCACUCACUCUCUGGCAGACACACACACACUUACUCUCUGACAGACACACACACACUCACUCUCUGACAGACACACACUCACAAAUUUCCUUUUUUUUUUUUAUUAUUAUUUUAAUCCGCCCAGCCUGCCUACCUUUGGGAGAGCUGAGUGGAUCUUUCCCAGGGGUCCAGUGGGGCUGCUUGCUUAUCCUGUGUGCAAAGUAGCAGAUCCUCUCUACUCCCUGUAGUGAUGCUGGGACCAGAGUGACGUCAUAUUUCGACUUCCUUCAUCAGUAAACAGCGCGAAGGAGCAGAGAAGAGCUGCAGGAAGAUCAUUGCUCCUUCGAGCGUUGCAGCAGCCGACCACCUUGAUGCUCCUCAGUGUGGUCAGUCGGCUGUAAUGCUCCCUGAGCUUACCGCCUCCAUUCUCCUGGCUCUAUUGUUUGCCCAGCCAGCCUCUUUAAGUAGAAGGCUGACAAAUCCCAGACUUCAGGGCAAAAUUUCUAGUCACCAUGGUGACCUGGCGCUUGGGACUUGUCAAGCCUUGAUGUAGUGGACUACCCCUAACUGCUUAAAUAUACUUUUUUUUUUAUUCUGAAAAUUACUGAUUUUAAAAAAAAUUUAAACAUUUGGUCAGUAAUUUACUAUUUGUCUCUUAGUGUGGUACAUGCUUUUACAGUUUGUAUUGUAGUAUGGUACUGCCCUUCCAUAAAUUAUAACAAUAUGGGUUAAUAUAUAUAUAUAUAUAUAGAGAGAGAGAGAGAGAGACACAGAAAUUUUACAGGAAAUUACUUUUUCGAAAUAUGCAAGGAUGCUAUAACCAUAACCCACAGAUUAAAGGAAGAAAGAAAGAUUGCCGUGCUGUUUGUAUAUAUAGGAUUGAAUCCAGCAGCUGUUUUUCGGCUGCCACAUCAUCAUUUGUGCUGUCAUACUGCAGACAUGAGCUUCAGAACACUGCAAAUUCUCAUUGUUAGACAUAGAAAUCUUAUUGGGAACAUCAAGUGCUGCAACAGGACUCAAUUGUAUAUCUAGCCAGGUGUUGUGGUGUAGAUGCAGAUAUUUUGGUGAAGAUAUGAUACACAACAAUAUCAAAUGCAUAACAAAAGCAUACAUCAAACUUAAAUAGUUAAAUUAAUGAUAUAUAUACACACAGGAGAUAUUUUUAGACCAUAAGUAAUAUGUAAGAUUCUGCUACACUCGUGAUCAGAUUAUUUCUUGGCACUACAUCUGUUGUGGGUUCUCUUUGCCAAAGAUUACUUAAUGCUGUUCUAUACAUAUGGUGUCUUGUUCUUAUAAAAUUUCUCGGACCUUACAUUAUGUGUUGUAUUCUUGUACAACAGGAAAUUAAAUUUUUCAUGUCCCCUUUUCUACUAGUGCUACCAUGGGUGGUUAGUGGUCAGAUCAUGGUCUCUUUGAUCUACAAGUUUAUUUGAUAUCUUAUCAACAAUAUAAAGUAUCUUGGUGCAAAGUAUAUACACAUCAAUUAUAUCCUAUUUAUUGUAUGUGUGUUUUGAUAUGCAGACACGCUUAAACUGACGAGUGCAGAAGCAAAGUGACCUUGUUGGGCACAGGUGACUGGUCCCUAGGCUGGAAGGUCUGUUGCUAGACAGGCUGGUGACUGGCCCUGGCCCCUAGCUGGAAUGGAGAGUAAGGAGCAAUUGCUCUUACUUGCAUUGCCUUCUUUUUAGUCCCCUCUCGCUCCCUUACAUGCAUGGAGAAAGUCGUGUAGUAGUUAUGAGAGUGAUGUCAUAGCCUCACCUGUUCUCCUCUGAUUUGUGCAGCGGUUCAGCAGCUACAGCAGUCAACUCCCUAGGCAUUAGAAUGGGCUGGCCGGUGAGGAAGAUUUUUGAUCUCCAAAUGGGCUGAGCCGCACUUUUCAUGCCAGCCGCUCCGAGGCUAUGGCCUUUUGGGAAAUCUGGCCCUGCUGUAAGUUAUGCUAAUUGUUUUAGGUUCACUCUACAAGGGAAGCAAGCCAAAACUAGUUCGGAUGUGCUGAGUGGUCAUACCCAUAGGGCAGUCUAUUUAGCGUUUUGUAUAUUCUUGGUUAGAGAUGUCGCGAACCGUUUGCGAACUUCCCGCGAACGGCUCGCCGCGGUUCGCCGCGAACUCCGGUCAGCUGACACAUCCCGGCCAAUCUCCAGCAGACCCUCCCUACCAGACCCUCCCACCUCCUGGACAGCAUCCAUGUUGAAGGCAGCUUCAACAUGGAUGCUGUCUAGGAGGUGGGAGGGUCUGCUGGAGAUUGGCUGGGAUGUGUCAGCUGACCGGAGCUCGCUGCGAACGGUUCGUGGCGAGCUGUUCGCGGGAAGUUCGCGAACAGUUCGUGAACUUACUAUUCUUGGUGAGUCAAUAUACAAAAGCUUUAAAGAACACUAUAGGCUCCAAAACAAUGUAAGCUUAAUUAAUCAGUUUUUGUGUAUAAAUCAUGUUUUUGAAGUCUCCCUAUUCAGUUCACUGCCAUUUAGGAAUGAAAUCACUUUCUUUCUGUUUAUGCAGCCGCAGCUACACCUCCUAGCCUGCAUGAAAACAAAAUGGUUUCACUUUCAAUCAGAUGUUACUUUAAAAGGUUGUAUCUCCUUCUCUGUAACUUGAACUUUAAUUACAUACUGGAGGAUCCUGCAGGGUCUAGCAAGCUAUUAACCGAGCAGGAGAUAAGAAAUUCUAAAUUAAACAGAAUUUACAAUAAAGGAAAUGUAAACAUUAUAUGACUCUUUACAGGAAGCUUUUAGGAAAUCUGUCAGUCACAUGCAGGGAGGUGUGCCCAGGGCUGCCAAAAAAGGGAUUUAACUCAUAAAGGGCAGAGACUUGAGCAGUGAGACUAAAGGGGCAUGAACUAUACACCAAAACUGCGUUAUUAAGCUAAAGUUAUUUUGGUGACUAUAGUGUCCCUUUAAUAGCUUACCCUAUGGGUAAGCGAUUUUGUUUUUUUGUCACAAACUGUUAUUUUGGAUAACUUAGGGCUGUAGUAACAUUUUGGAUUCUAUAUCAGUUUGGUAGCCACUUCAAACUGUGAAAAUUUCAUCCAGAUCAGUUGACUGGUUUCCAAGUAUCAAAUAAGAUAAAUGAAAUGUGAGUGACUUUCAUUAGCCCUGCAUCAAAAUAUGCACAAGAAUGCUCAAUAAGAAAGUCUCUAAAAUCAGUGAAACCCAGUAAUGCAAAAAUGUCUUAACAUAACAGUGAACGUAUUUUAACAAGAAGGAAACACACACGUUGUGUAUCACCUGCAUAUCUCAUUAGGCACAGGAAUUCUGAGAAAUCACGUUUCCACAAUUCUCUCAGAAUUCCCAGCUUGACGUGCUCAGCACUGAGAGGCACCGUGCUUCAAACUUAAUACUGUAUUUCUAAUUUAAACACAGCUUUUUAAAUCAAAGCAUUGGUUUUGAUUUAUGGUCACUUGCUGCUGGAUGCUUUUUGCGAGUGAAACUUUUAUUUUCCCUUAAAAAUGUGGGUUAUCUACUGGGUAACAGCAGUGGUAGCGGUUCAGCUUGUGUAAUGCCCUGUGUCUGUUACACAAUCAAGAUCAAACAGAUUCAGUUGUAAGGACAGUCUUUAAAAGAAGUAAUUUUGAGCCUUUGAUACAGAUGUGCAGAAUCACACCCGUGCAAUUAUGGACACUGUAAACAAAUUAUCACAGUCCUGAAUGAAAACAGAAUUUCCACUCUCAAUAGAUAUGAUCUAUAGAUUUUAGUUUUCCCUCUAAUGGCUUUAAUAUAUUUUUAGUAAAUCUACACUUAAAGUAAUCUUACUUGGUGCACAUGCUCGUUAAUAGUCUCAAGUAAUGGAGUUUUCUUGUGACGUUGCGUCUGUGGCUUACAGUUGAGGUGGUGUUAUGUGGCUGUCCCGUUGAAUUGUUACACGGGACUGUUUGUUCUUUGUCUCAGAUUACACGGUGCAUUCAGCAGUCUGCCAGCGAUUUUACAUUGGGCAGAUGGAAUAAUAAUUCUGAAGGUUGUUCUCCAGCACAUGAAUACUGUGAGGAUUGAAAAACCUUUAUCAGUCUUUUGGGAAACCUGUAAUUUGGGAAGGGGGAUUUCAUUUUUCCUCGUCGUCUUUUUUUUUUUUUUUUUUAAAUACACAUUUAAUUGCUCAUGAAUAAUAUGUGACAGGUCCAAGAACCUUUUUUUUUUUUUCCUUUGUGUCUUCUUCAAGUAGAUAGGUUUGUAAAAACAUUUUUAUAUAGCAGAUAACAUUGAAUAUUUUUAACAUAAUUUCUGGUAGUCAAUUACUUGUGGCUGCAUAAAAUAUCGGCAUUGUAAAAAUGCUAACAAUAAAAACCAAAAAAAAGCAGUAAAUGAGAAUUGUUCCUGGUUUAUCAGCUUGUGUUUAAAAUUUCCCACCUAAGAUGGGCAUGUUACUGUAAAUGUUGUAUGAAAGCUAUUUUGACCUUCCCUAACUCAUAGGCUUGCUAUUUCAUAAGCUUUACUAUAGAAGUUAUAUAUUGAAUUUAUAUGUUAAACUACACUAUAACUUUACAAUAUAGUUAAUAUUAUAUUUAAGGUCCCCACCAACUCUCCAUGGGGGAAGACAGGGGGGUGGAUUGUGAUCUGUCCACACCCUAUUUAUUUAAAUGUCCCGCACCCAAAGUCCGUGGGGGUGACUCUGUUUCUCUCCCCCUCCCCUUCAUUACUUCACGGUUACCAUCACCAUGGAAUAUGGCCUUUUCUAGUUUCAGGGCAGUUGCUAGCUUUAAAAGUUUAGCAGAUAUGUGGCAAUGUGGGAGCAUUGCCAAGUAAAAUACAUUAUAUAAAUAUGGGGGCUUAUUGAGCCCUGUAGGAUUGUUUUUUUAUGUUGCUGCUGGCUGCCAAGGUGCCACUUAAUUAGCUCUUGCAUCGCUGGUGGUUAUCUAACUAUUUGCUUGCAGGCUGAUAUGAAAGCAAGUAAACGAUAGUUUGAGUGUGCUUUGUCAGUCUUUGAAAUCUUAUACCUUGCAUGGGAUUUUGAUACAAAAGCACAGAUUUUAAGCUGGAAAAAGAAUACAUCUGGUUGAUUGCUGCAGGUUCACCCGGGCCAACCGAAAUCCAUAUUUGACUUUAAAGGAACACUGUAGCACCAGGAACACAAACGUGUAUUUCUGACCCUAUAGUGUUAAAAUCUGUAUCUGUCCCCUCCCCCAUUGCCCCUUUAAUAUAGUAAAAUCAUAACUUUAUUCCAGUCUGCUGCUGCUGGCUCAGCCCCUGAUCUUCCUCCUUGGCUGACAUCAGAAGUGAUGAUCUGAGCCAAUCACAAUGCUUUCUCAUAGGAAAGCAUUGGAUUGGCUGAGAUUGCCAAUGAGGUGGGACAGGACCGGGGCCAAACACUACCCUGGCCAAUCUGCAUCUCCACAUAGAGAUGCAUUGAUUCAGGGCAACUUUAAAUGAGGAAAGUUCAGUGUCUCCAUGCAGAGGGUGGAGACACUGUAUGUGCAGCACUGACACAGGAAGCACCUCUAGUAGCUUUCUGAGUAAUGGCCACUGGAGGUGACCCUAGGCUGUAAUUACUACUGCAAAAAGCCUGCAGUGACUGACUUUACUUACAGAACAAAUAAAUUAAGCUGUAGUUGUAGUGACUAUAGUGUCCCUUCAAUAAAUAUGGGAAUUGUCAUUGUGGUCAGUUCGAUCACAUUCAGUUUUUGGUAAGUUUAUGGUUAUUCACUAAGCCCCAGCAAACAGCGAUGUCCGUUAUGGCAACUUGCAAACAUGGUAAACGUGCAAGUUAAGCAACUCCCCUUUUUUUUUUUUUUUUUUUAUGUUGGGAUACGACAAUACUUGUUGAGUAUUUGGGUCAUUAAAUCUGGCCCUCCUUGCUGACUAAAGGGAGCUCCAGCUAUCCAGACUCGGUACCUUGAUCCUCUCUGGUGUGCGCAAUGAUUUAGCCUUGUUCAUACAUCAAUUAAAGGAUGUCCUAUGCCAUCUCCUAAGAAACUAUAAGGAGUUAAAGAAAAGAGCUGUAUGGAAAGAUAGCUUUUGCAUUUUGGUACUUUCUAAUGCUGAUCGAAAGACACAUUACAAAUGUUCUCAUAACAGUAAAAACUUUUCAUUUACAAUGGUUACAGAAUCCUGUUACAUACCUUAAAUUACUAAUUAUUUUGAAGUAUACAUGUCUUCUUUUUAACUCAAUAUUUAUGUUUUAGGAAAUGCCAUAUUCCGCAUAAUUAUAUGAUAGAUAGCAAAGGGGAUUGUACUUGCUCUGAUAAGUGUUCAGCAGAUUUUUAUGAUUUCCUAACAGUUUAUAUUUAUGAACACACCCAGGGCCAGAUUCAGUCAUCAGCAGUGAAGGACCUGAUAAAACGUUGCUUACUUUACUCCUCUUUUCUUUACUUUUGUUUCCUCAUAGAAAUUUAAAAAGUGUCUAACAUAUUUGUAGUUUCAAAAUAAGAACAACUUCAUCUUCGUCAGGCAGCCACGUGUUAAAUUUUUGUUUCCAUGCAGGCUUAUGUAUGGCAUUAUGUGUGUGUGUAUUUCUGUAUGUGUGUAUGUAUGUCCUUAUGCCUGUGUGUGUCUGUAUAUGUUUAUGUAUCUGUUUCAGUAUGUAUAGGAAUUAGUUCAAAUUUUUUUCAAACUACAGUUGCAAGAAAAAGUAUGUGGACCCUUUGGAAUGAUAUGGAUUUCUGCACGAAUUGGUCAUAAAAUGUGAUCUGAUCAUCAUCUAAGUCACAACAAUAGACAAUCACAGUCUGCUUAAACUAAUAACACACAAAGAAUGAAAUGUUGCCAUGUUUUUAUUGAACACACCAUGUAAACAUUCACAGUGCAGGUGGAAAAAGUAUGUGAACCCUUGGAUUUAAUAACUGGUUGAACCUCCUUUGGCAGCAAUAACUUCAACCAUACGUUUUCUCUAGUUGCAGAUCAGACGUGCACAACGGUCAGGAGUAAUUCUUGACAAUUCCUCUUUACAGAACUGUUUCAGUUCAGUAAUAUUCUUGGGAUGUCUGGUGUGAAUCGCUUUCUUGAGGUCAUACCCUACAGCAUCUCAAUCGGGUUGAGGUCAGGACUUUGACUGGGCCACUUCAGAAGGCGUAUUUUCUUCUGUUGUUUACUUCUAUGCUUUGGGUCAUUGUCCUGUUGCAACACCCAUCUUCUGUUGAGCUUCAGCUGGUAGACAGAUGGCCUUAAGUUCUCCUGCAAAAUGUCUUGAUAAACUUGGGAAUUCAUUUUUCCUUCGAUGAUAGCAAUCCGUCCAGGCCCUGACGCAGCAAAGCAGCCCCAAACCAUGAUGCCCCCACCACCAUACUUCAUAGUUGGGAUGAGGUUUUGAUGUUGGUGUGCUGUACCUUUUUUUCGCCACGCAUAGUGGUAUGUGUUUCUUCCAAACAACUCAACUUUGGUUUCAUCUGUCCACAGAAUAUUUUGCCAGUACUGCUGUGGAACAUCCAGGUGCUCUUGUGCAAACUGUAAACGUGCAGCAAUGUUUUGUUUGCACAGCAGUAGCUUCUCUGUGGUAUCCUCCCAUGAAAUCCAUUCUUGUUUAGUGUUUUACGUAUUCUAGAUUCGCUAACAGGGAUGUUAGCAUUUGUCAGUGACUUUUGUAAGUCUUUAGCUGACACUCUAGGAUUCUUCUUCACCUCAUUGAGCAGUCUGCGCUGUGCUCUUGCAGUCAUCUUUACAGGACGGCCACUCCUAGGGAGAGUAGCAGCAGUGCUGAACUUUCUCCAUUUAUAGACAAUUUGUCUUACCGCGGACUGAUGAACAGCAAGGCUUUUGGAGAUACUUUUAUAACCCUUUCCAGCUUUAUGCAAGUCAACAAUUCUUAAUCAUAGGUCUUCUGAGAGCUCUUUAGUGCAAACCCAGAACUGGUGUGUGUUUUUUAUAGUGCAGGGCAGCUGUAACCAACACGCCCAAUAUCAUCUCAUUGAUUGGACUCCAGUUGGCUGACAUCUCACUCUAAUUAGCUCUUGGAGAUGUCAUUAGUCUAGGGGUUCACAUACUUUUUCCACCUGCACUGAGAAUGUUUACAUGGUGUGUUCAAUAAAAACUUGGCAAUAUUUCAUUCUUUGUGUGUUAUUAGUUUAAGCAGACUGUGAUUGUCUAUUGUUGUGACUUAGAUGAUGAUCAGAUCACAUUUUAUGACCAAUUUGUGCAGAAAUACAUAUCAUUCCAAAGGGUUCACAUACUUUUUCUUGCAACUGUAUAGUCCGGCCCCCAACUGUGUCUGAGGCACAGUGAACUGCUCCCCUGUUUAAAAGUCUGAGGACCCCUGGUUUAAUUAAACUGUUAAUAGCUCCUGACUGAUUCCUCUUCUGCAACGGUCACUAGUCUAAUACUAUCCUUACCUUUUUGUGUCAUUUUACCCCACUCCCUCUAGCAUUUAAGCUCAUUGAGCAGGGCCCUCAACCCCUCUGUUCCUGUGUGUCCAACUUGUCUGGUUACAACUACAUGUUUGUUCGUCCACCCAUUGUAAAGCGCUGCGGAAUUUGACAGCUCUCUAUAAAUAUAAUAAUAAUAAAAGGGAUAACUUGUUUAAUUCAUAUGCACAUUUUGAAAACCUAGUUUUCAUUAAAGGACCACUGUGUUUGUGACUAAGUGGCUACUAAAAAAGACUAAACAUACCCCACUUUCAAUACCUUGGGUUGUCUACUUUUUCAAAUGGUAUGCCAUUAUGGGGGUAAUUCUCAUUCUUGAACUACCACACCGUCUCAAACGUAACAUUACUAAUCGGGCAAAUUUCAAUUUGAAAAUGGAACGUUCUAUAUUUGACCCUGUAACUUUCCGAAACACCAUAAAACCUGUUAAUGGGGGGUACUGUUGUACUCGUGAGACAUCACUGAUUACAAAUAUGUGCAUUUUAUGCAGUAAAACCUAACAGCAUAAUGUCAUUCACAGCUAAAAUGUCAGAUGGAAAUACAAAUUUUAAAAAACAAUCUUAUUUUCUCCCAUUUUUUUAAAAUUCAUAAUAAAUUAUGUUCCAUAUAUGAAUAGUUAAUGAUAAAUUAAAGCCCUGUUUCUCCUGAACAAAAUGAUAUAUAAUAAGUGUGGGUGCACUUAACAUGACAGUGGUGAAUUACGGGUGAACAGACAUAUAGCGCAAAUUCCAGUUUUUGUUUACUUGUUUUGAUCAGAACGUGCACUAUUGACUUCGUCCUGAAGGGGUUAAGAAACCAUUUUAUUUAUUUAUUUUUUAAAGAAUUGUAUUUUAUUUUUAGUUCUUUAGUGUUUGGUGUCAUUUGAGCUUUAACAUAUCAGCAGCUUAGCAAAGAUUUUCAAUGAUUGUAUGGGUUUUAAACUUGCCCUGAAACUGUUAUUUAUCUCUUUGCGCUUUUCUUAGUUUUAUUCCAUUUUGCAGUCUUCUUCCAUAUGCAACUUUUUUUUUUUUCCUCCUCUUUGUUCUUUAGGGGACUAAGUCUCUGUGCUUGAUGUAUAUGGAAAACAAACAGUGCAAGAAAUAAUUGUGCUUCUCUGUUAAAAUCUAUUAAAACCUACACUUAGCCACAGAUAUUGCAAUAGUAUGAACUCUUCACCUCGUCUUGAUUCAUAAACCUCAUUCCGAAACAAUCUUUGCUCUCCCUCUUCCUCCAUCCUUACAGUAAUUGCUUAAUAUAAUAACUAUGGACCCUGCACGAGAUGUCACAACUAUUUAUACAAAUGUGUAUUUCAUUCUCCAAAUUCUUAAAUGAUAUGCAUAAACUUUGUUUCCAACAGGUUGUGAAAAUGAGAAAAGAUGUCAAAAAGAUCAAAGUUCUAACAAUCCGCAAACUUACGCGGCACAUUUCGAAACUGAAAUCCAAGAAGUAAGUGCAUCUCUAUUGUUCUGGUGUGAUUAAUUUCUCAGAAAUAGAAUUUGAAAAGGGCUUUCUGUGUAUGUCGCAGAAAUGAGCUCCAGAUCCCAAAUAUGUUGAAUAAAUAAAUUCCCUGGAAUCCAGUACUUUGAAGCACACAAGUUCAGUCGGUCAGUGACUCAUUUCUGUUUCAGUAAAGAUAAUGGUGUGUUAAAGUAUUCCUGUAUAGGUCUGGUUGGAUUCUUAGCAAUUAUUUUAAAUCAUAUUGUAAUUUUCUAUCUAGUCUUUUAAUAAACACUUAACAUUUUGCAUUUAAAGCUAGCAUUUAUAUAUGUGGGACAAGCAGCAAUUUUGUGUGUAGGCAGCUGUUCAUGGAUACCUAAAAAUGUCAUUAUGUACCUGACUUGUAUAGUUUAACGUUUGUUAAUGCACACGUUGCAGUAGUAGUAUAAAGGAUUAUAAAUAAUCUUUUUCCAUAAAUAAAAAAUAAAAGUGCAAAACCAGUUAUUACAGAAGUGACAAAAAUAUAAAUAAAAACAGUAAAAAAAAAAAAAACAGCUUCAUUGGCAUUUAUAAAUAAUUUGUUUUCAGUCUUAAAGAAACAGCUGAGUGCACAUAUUUUGCCAGGUUGUGGGCAUGUCUACUUAUGAAAAGCACGUAGGUCUCAUUUAAACUGGGUGUAUGGAAUAUCAAAGAACAUUGAUAACCCAAUCACUUCCUGGUUGCUAUUAGACAGCACUUAACUUUUGACACCAUCACACGACAAAAAUAACACACAGUUUCAAGAUAAUGUGUCUUGAAGCACUCCUUAUUCACUGUCCAAUGUUACCUUUUUACCAAGUAUUUUUGUCUUCCUCCAGAUAAUUGCCAUUAUAUCCUAAGUCUGGAGAUGCACAUGCUAUUCAUACAACUUAGUUAUAGUACUAAUAACCUCCUUUCCAUGCUCCGUACUGGAGUUAAGUAUGUACAUUUACUUGUUUAGCCAAUCUCCUGCUGAUGCUUUCCAUGCAAGAUCGUACAUAUCCUUUCUGCUCCAUUCCUCUUCCUGGUUGAAACUGGAUGCUGAAGGAGGAGCUGCCUGCUCCUUGUUUUCCAAUGAUUAGUUUAAAUAUUUUAUUGUUGCUUUAUUAAUAUUUGUGUUUUGUUUUUUUCCUACUUGGGUACACACAAAUAAUUCAUGUUUAUAAUUUUAGGGGGACAGAAGAGCUGUUACUUAAGAAUCAAAGGAGGGCACAUAGGCUACUUGAAGAAAUCCAUGCUAUAAAGGUAACAUUUAAUAGUUUUUAUUAUUACUGGUAUUCAUAUAGAGCCAACUUAUUCUGCAGCGUUUUACAAUAUUAUAAAGGCAUAAAUUAUUGAGACCGUUACAAGAUGUUACAGGAGAAAUAGGUUGAUGAGAACUCUGCUCAAACAAGCUUACAGUCUAGAGCAGUGUUUCCCAAACAAGUCCUCAACACUCACCAACAGUCCAGGUUACGUCAAUAUCCCCAUUGGAAGGAAACUGGGAAAUGCAUAAAUCCUGGACCGCUGGUGGGCCAUGAGGGCUGGCUUGGGAACCACUAAGCUAGAGAAAUUAGAACUGUGCACCACUGUGCGCUUAUUGCUUACCUGCAUGUUUAUGGUCAGUUUUCAGUCACACUCCAAAUAUACUAUAGAAAAGCAAAUGCAGAAUUCAGAAAUAUGUGAAUGGGUCUGCUUGCUGCUUCAUCAAGUUUAGAGGAUACAUAUUAAAGGUUUCCAUACCACUCAAAUUGGUGUGUGGUGACAGUGAAACUGGAAUUAAGUUACAUAUGCAAACAGAGUGUAAGGCAUACAUGUGUGUACAAUAGCUUAUCAGGCCAGGAGAAAACGGUGUGUGUGGUGGAGAUGUUGCCUGUGGUGACAAAAGACUGCAAAGUGAGAAUAUUAUCUUUAUUCAGUUCAAAGUAUCAACACCGUUAAAACGAAUAAAAAAACAAACAAAUAGGUGUGAAGAUUCAGUGAGUCUGGUAGGUAUUUGGUAGCACAGUGGUAGUGUGAUGGCUUACUUAUUGUACUAUUACAUACAGCCCUUCCCAGAUUCAGACUUGUUUUAAAAUGUCAAACAUUGAUAAAAGUAUACUUCACAAACUUUCUUUCUCUCAGCCAAAAUUUCCUGUGCAUAUAGUUAUUUAAACAAUUACACGGCAGCGAGUACUUCACUCUCUGUCUCUCGUGGUUUCUAAAAUAAACGCUUUAGGUUUUAUGAUGUGCUCAUUUUUGUAAUAUUUAAUCAUUUUUAAGGGUUCUUCUAACAUACACUACCAGCUACUAGCUAAAAUUGUAAAUCAUCUGGAACAUUUGAGCUCUUCUGAUCGCUCGGUUUUCCAUGUUUGUAUUAUAUUUCUUUGGGGAUCUGGAUUUAUUUAACGUGUGUUCUUGCAAAACUAUAUGCACAUUUGUUUUAGAAUACAUACAGUUCUUUAGGUCUGCCGUGUUUGCUGUAACUGCUCAGGAAAAGGAGGAAAGUUCCUGUGUAAGUACAAUUGUGGAUGGCAGAAUUCUAUGCUGACAUCAUGCUCAAUCUAUGGCCAGCUCUUUAUGCAUUUUUAGAAGAUGCUGUCACCAUCCUGUUUUGUGCCCAGUUCUCUGGAAACUUUUGUAGGGCUUGGAAUCAAAAUGCCCUCAGUUCAUUGAAAUCAAUGUAACAAACUUGUCUGCAGAUAAGAACCACUUGUACUAUUUAGUCUGACUUUUUUUUUUUAUUCUGCUCACUGUCGUACUGUAAUGCAUGCAUGGUGUCUGGUUUAAAGUCUCAUUCUCUUUCUUUUUUGUAUAUAUGUUCAAGCCAGUUUAUUAAGUCUUGGCAAAGCAGAUUUAAUAUCCUAAAUGAACGUUUUGUUUCUAUUUACGCAAACUUGUUUCAGUCUUGCACUGUUCAUGGCUGGUCUAGAGAAAGUUAAUGAAAAAUAAUAGUAAUCCAUAAAACAUGUCAGACACUUUAAUGUUAAACAGACUGUCAGCUCUUGUGAAUUAAACUCUCAUUUUAGUUCACAUUGCCAAUUAUCUGUCUGUCAAACACGUAGACAGCUGACUUUCCCAGGCAUGUAUGUUUGUGUGUGUGUGUGUAUAUAUUCCUUAUAUGCGAUGCAGAUACACACACUGAAAAAUAUGCAGUUGUGCACACACACUGAUACACAUGCAGAUACAUACAAACCGAUAGAAACACCAACACACAUGCAGUUGCACAGACACACUGACAUACAUGCAGGUACAUGCACACAUUCAGAAACACAGAUACAAUGAGACUCACCGAUACAGACAUACAGCACCACACACUGAAACACAUGCAGAUGCAUAAACACAGAUAUAUGGACACAGAUACAAACAAUGACACAGAUACACACACAUUCAGAAACACAGAUACACACUGACAAAUGCAGAUACCCAGGCCCACAUACAAACACUGACACACAUGCAUAUGCAUUGACACACAGAUGGAGUCAAAGUGAUAGAGUGGAGCGCUAAAAAACAUGUAUGUGCUAUUUUUCUUACCCUUGGUCAAAUGAUAUAUCCUUGAUAUACAACAAAUACAUAGAGGGGAGAAAGCAGAAACAGAUGUAUAGUGCAGAUAUGUACAUAAAAUUUGGAAUAGAUGGUAAUAAAGUCCACUUACAAGGGUCAGAGCAUGUAACUACUUGCUCUGUAAACAGCUCUUCUAUGCUUUUAAGGUAGGAUACCACCUCCCAUCGAAUGGCUUUUCAGUUGUGGACAUUGGAAAAAGAAGAAAAGGCACCAAUUGUGCAAUAUAUGCUAAACCUCUAUACAAAUUUGCUCAGAUUGCUUAAGCCCACCUUGCUCGGAGCCCACAAAUCUUGGCUCUGGGGUUGAAUACCUGUUACCAAGUUGGAGGCUGGCAAAACCUUAAAAAGAUCACCUCUGGAAACUACAUUGGACCAUAAACCGUGCUGGGCAAGUGGUAAAAGGUUUAACCAAAAUAAAGGUUACAAACCGCUUUUAAGACAGUUGAUAUAAAAGCAAUUACAAAUCUGAGUUCAUGUAGUGGGUGCCAAAACACGUGUUACUCAAUUGAGCUCGCUCUGUUUCUCAGUCCCUCCCCCUCUCAUUCCCCUUCAAUAAUAAGAAAAUGUACCUUCUGGCGCUGGACCUGCCCACAAUCCGCCUUGUUGGCUGACCUUUAUCAAAAUUGAUUGUCUCAGCCGAGGAGGCAGGUUGGGGGAAGAGCCAAAUGCUGCCCACGCCAAUCAGAAGCUCCUCAUAGAUAUGCAUUGAAUCAGUGCAUCUCUGUGGGGAGCAUUCAGCGUCUCAAUGCAGUGUGGAGAGACAUUGAAUGGCAGGAAGCACCUCAAGUGUUUACAUUAAAAAGGCAGUGUUUACAUUAAAAAGCCUGCAUUGGCAUGCCAUAUUCAACAGAACUACAUUAAGCUGUAGCUGUUCUGGUGGUUGUAGUGUCCCUUUAAUCAAUUCCAGGUUUCCACAAGGUAAGAGCGCACACAAUGUUAGGGAUCCUCAAAUUAAAAUAAAAUAUAAGUAAUGGAGUGAGGCAGAAGGGAAAGUGAUCUUAUGCUCACAGACACCCUGUCUCAAGGGAGAAGGGUUAUGAGUGUAACUAGCACCCGACACACAAGUGUAAAUAUCUUUGAAUAUGCAGUGUUUCAAGCAGAAACACUACACAUCCAGACAGGGUCACUAAAGUGGUAGGGUAACCCUUUAACAUUUCCUAAGCAAUGAUGUAGAUCAUUUAUCUUUAUGAUCAAUCAUAUAUGCUAAUUGCUUUCAGAGAUGUUCUAAUUUAAAGAAAACCUGUCAUGACUUACAGGAGCACCUUGCACAACUCACACCUGACCUUUUAAUUUAACCACCCACUGUAAAUUUCCCAGCACAAAUACACACUCUUAGCUAGCAUGCCUGUCACUACCAGAAUGUCUAACAUAGACACUCAGUAGUAACCUUUUUAUACUUUGCACAAAAUCUCAGCACUGAAAGUGACACAUAAUUGCACAGAUUUGUAAUAUGCCCAGGAUAUCCAGUUCAGCUGAUUGCUACACAUUUUGGCCAAAUUGUGUGCACAUUGUAGAGGCUAGCCACAGUGCAGUUCAGGUAGGACGAAAUUGACAUUGAUAAUGCGGAACUCUUCUUCUCUGGCUCCUGGCACUGGUAAGAACCCUGGUUUACGUCAAUUAACCAAUCCUCUGUUUGGCUCUUUCCUGCAUAUUUGCUCAUAAUUUGGAACACUUCAAAAGUAGUGCGUAUCUUAACCCAUGAUGCAAACAUUUUGACUUCAUUGACAGUAUAUCUACAGUGUACGUGCUGCAGUUGCUGUCACAGAGAGUAGGAAAACGGCCUUUAGGAGGGCUCUCCUUCUCCUGCUUUCUCCAAUCACUCAAUGACAGGGGAGGAGAGGGGCCAUGUCUUUUUAUUUAUAUUUUUUUCCUAGCAGUUCUACUGCCCUAUUAUAUAGAAACUGAAUAUAAAUAUGUAUUUUAUGACAGGUACACAUAGAUUUAUAUUUUUUGCAUGUAGUGUUUGUAUAAGUAUAAAUUGCUAUUUAAUAAGAUGCUGUUUUUAGAACCAUUUUAGAAGUUUAAUUCUAUUCAGCUUCAGUGCAACAAUAUAUUAUGCUUGUAAACCUGCCUAGCCAUUAACUGACCACUUAAAAACAAAAUUAGCUUUGGCAAGUAAUAAAGAUUUUAUUGAUUAGAAGAGAUAGCUUACUUUAAAAGUUGUGUAAUUGCCUGUUUAUAUAAUAUAACUUUAUAUGUUCUGUUACUCGCUCAAUUAACCUUUGCACCUUGUGUGCAAAUUCUUUGGCGAAUGGAAUGUGCACAAAGUAAUGAAGUACAUUUUUUGCUGUUAUUGCUACAGAAUACUCCUGUGCCUUUAGCUAUCUCAAGUUUUGUUAAAUUCUUGAGUUACAGAGGAUUUGAAGAAUACAAUGUUAUACUCUUAUACUUUUUUUUUUCCCACUGUUUCUUUGUUAUAAAAAUAAAUACAUUUGAAUUUGACCAAUGUUUACAGAGAUAACAGAUGUUUUGUUUUGUUUUGGAAAAUAGAGAAGUGAUUAUGGAGAGUUCUAUGAAACGUAUUUAAAUUAUAGGUGUCAUGGUUGGUGUUUUCUAUAAUUGCCAACGCCUGUAUUAAUAGGCUAUUAUUUUUACAUCACUUGUUUAGAAUAAUAUUUAUAUUUCAGUGUGUAUGUGAUGUCUUGUAAUUUCAUUAUAUUUAAGUCACUGUUAAAUUUCUUGAUUGGUAAUAAGGGCUGUUUUGCAUAGACACGUGGAAUAAGAUGGUUCGGUGGCUAAAGUUCCCGUUUUAGACUUAUGUGUGACCUCGAGGUCAAAGGUUUCAGAUCUGGUCAGUUUCUCAUCCCGAGUACUCAAAUGUUUGGUUAGUAAUAUUAUUUGGCCUUCUUUGAUACCCACAACCCAAGGGUGAAACGCCAUCAAUAUGCAAAGCAAUGGUAUCUUGUAAAUCUUCUGGGUCAACCUCAAACAGUGCCUUUCCGUGCCCUACAUCCUGUGUCCAGCCUCACUUCUGAUUUCUGAAUCACCUGGCUUUUUUUUUUUUUUUUUACCCCACCUCACAAACAUGAGUGGGUUAACAGAAACCAGAACAAUUCAGACAUUUUAUACAGUACAGGCAUCUUGGUAUGCAUGUUGCUAUGCUGUCUGUCUUAGUGAGCAGUACUUGGAAGUAGGGGGUUUUAUGUUAAAAGCGAUAUGGUCUAUGUCGGAUGGUCGUGGUUAGAGCGAAGCCUGUGAGUUACUGUCAGCUUUUAGGCGGAAACAUGGAAUUACGUUCAGGUGGAUUGUUCUGGUGAGUGCCUCUCGGUUUGAGUCGUGCAUGUAACUCGCUGAGGUAUGAGCCAUAUGCCAGUGUUAAGGCCGCAUAGGUAGCCCUGUUAAACUAGGCUCUCGGUCUGACUGUGUAUUUCCCGUGUCUUGUUUCGUCAGGGGGUGAGCCGGGCUAGGCUAGGAGGUGGGGGGGGGGGAGGAGGUCCCCUGCGUGUCAGUUUGUUGGGGUAUGGGUGAAGUCUCAUGCGUGGCAUCGCAGUUCAUGGGGCCUAAAGUACAAUGGUUUGUCAACAUAAAGUGCUAAUCAAGUGAAAGUUAAAAAAUCAAAACAAAAACCACUUUGAGUUUUCUAAAAAAAUAAAAUCCAAAACAAACGGUUCAAUCUUUGUGAGGCAAAGAGUCUUGGAUUAUGAGAUAGUAGGUGCCCAGUGUUACUGGAACUCUUCUGAAAAAUAAGUGUAAAGGAGUCCAAAAUAAUUCUAAGGAACUUUGAACCUUAACUGGUGCAGGUCUGUCACUGUGUGGGUCAAGCGGUUCCACUGGACACGUAGAGCCCUUGGUGAGAACCAUCUGUAUUCUAUAUCGCUCUUCCUCAAAAGCGCCGUGAAUGGUUGGAGGGACCGUCUCAAUUGAAGGGUGUCCCCGGACAGACCAGCAUAAAAGGUGAGGGCUACAAUUUCAAAGGCAUAGGGUGUUUAACCUUUGAGGGCUGCGAGGACCCACCGCCUUAUCAGCGUCAGUGCGGACGCCACAACAUCCCUUGAGCCUGGAGAUGGAGAGCGCCUCAAUGCGCGCGUUCCUGGCCUGUUUCGGCAUUAAAAGUGCUCCGAUGAGCCUCCGUGUUAAAUGCGGGAGUUCCUCCACUGGGAUAUCGUCAGGGCUGCCUCUUAUUUUCACAUUGUGGCGUCUGAGGUCUUCCAGAGCUGCAAAUCAUUGAUCUGUGGUCUCUUGGUGCUAUUUUAGCACUUGCACUUCUAUUUGGAGUUCCACUUUGACUUGUACCUGUUUGUCUGAGGAGGCCUCUAAUACCCCUAUGCGCCCACCAGGACAGUAAAGUCCGUGCGGAGCUGAGCUAUGUCGGCCUGCAGUACUCUGCAAGUCACUCAGCAUGGAUCUCAAUGUCUCUGUGGUGACUGGGCCGGGUGGCCCCUUUUUUAGGGUUGGCUGCGUUAACGGGGCAAACAAACCGCCAGUGCAUAACGCCAUUCAUCCAGGCUCAGGUCGUCUGAUGAGUCUGUGAAUUCUGCGAGGCAGGCGGCCAUUUUGGGCCCAUGUGCCCCUUGCGCCUGUUGGAAAAAUCGCCGAUAUCUGAUCCCGUUUUGGGUUUAUCCAGUCUUUGCUUUUUGUUUUUUCGACCCAUGUACCCUGUUGUAACAGUCACCUAGGGACUUAUAUAACAGUUUACCAGGAGUUGGAGCCCAGUUGCAGGAGAGGACAGUAAGGAGGCAAAACCAAAAGCGCAGUACAGAUUAAGGGGAAAUCCAAAGGCAGGGUCAGACGAGAAGCAGAAGUCAGGGCUGGCAGUGGAGUAACGUAGUCGGAAAAGCAGGCCCAGAGGUCAGAGUCCAGGAAAUCAGUCAGUAGCGAAGCAGAGAUCCGUCAGGAACCACCAAACUGGCAAAAUGACCAGAUCCUAGGUUUCAGGCAGGGCUGGCUUUUACAGCCUGCUAAUUAGAUGCAGCUGACCCUAAUUGGAAAAGGGUUGCAGGUGGAUCAGUACGUCUCAAUCCAGGUAAGGGGUCAGUAGGCAGAAUAAUGCAGACAGAUACGGAAGCCCCCCUGGUGGACAGCACAGCAGAGAACCUGAAAUGCGAGUUCAAACCCAGCCAGGUCUCUUAAAGGGGCGGCCACGCCUUGCUGUCUACAGGGUUCGGGCUGUGCCGUGACACCUGUGGGUUCUCGGGGUACUUUUGUGGCACUUUGUCUUAUCGGAAAACUGGUUUUUAAUCAGUAUGUAUGGAGAGCCCAUCUAUUGUGCGUCCGUCUCGUUCUCCCUGAAUCACCUGACUUUUGGUGUAUGUUUCCUUCCUGCUUUGACGCACUGAAUGAACUGGAGCAUACUUCUUCACUGCUUGUCCCUCAAUACAUUCCUGCUUCAUAUUCUGACUUCUCAAGAUAUGUCUCCUUUGCUUCAGUCUGCCUUCUAGAAAUCUGUCUCAUUUCUGGUCAAGUUUGCGUAUGGAUGUGUGCCUCCCUUUCAUCAAAUACUAAAUAUGUAUAUUUGCCUCAUGUAUAGUUGCAGUACUGUAAACAAGUGGGUGGUACCUUCUGCUGUGGACAAGAAACUCCUCCCAAAAUUUAAAUAUUGAAUUGAGAUGCUGCCUGCUGGUCUUAUAAUCCCUGUACCUCCAAGGUUCCCCAGUUCUUCUUGUCCCGUCACAAGGGACAGACAUGGCUCCUCCAGGCAUAGGUGGGAAAGAUUGGUGCGCUAAGCACACGCUACUGGCCUGGGAGGUGGGUGCCCGAAAGCUCCCCAAGUGGGAGCCGAGCAGCAGAGGCUUGCAUUCCAUUGCGUUACGGAACGCAACUAGAAGCCAGCUUAUGUGGCCAGAUACUGGAAGGUUCCAGGUGGGCCUCUCACUAGGCAGGACAGACUCAUGCGCACAGCAGUAGAACGCACGCCCGGGAGGCGUUGCGUUCCACUGAACUUUCGAUCGUACUACUGCACAUGCGCAGAUCGGAAAUUUGUAUAUUUGGCGCAAAAUUUAAAUUCUUUUGGCUUAAAAGCUGUGCAAGACCUGUCUGACCCCAGGGAUAGUUGCCAGAACAGGUACGCUAUAUCACCAGCCCUCCUAUAGGGUGUUGAGGUUUUUGAGGUGGGAAUUUACUUUAAAUCUCCCUAAAAAAUUUAACCCUUAUUGCAUGCCUCCUAAUUUUAGAAAAUUUGUGUUUUUCUUCUAAUUUGUCUACAGAAUAUGUCCAGUCCUGCUUCACCGGAUGAAGCUGAGAAAGAGAAGAUGUCAGCUCCUAUUUCUAAAAAGGCCACGUGCAAAACUAAACACUUGUGUUGUUCAGAAUGUGCGGUCCCUCUACCUGACGGGUGUAGGAAAAAGACCUGUAAUCAAUGAUCGACGGAAUUGCUGAAAAAAAACAAGCAAAAUUAAAUGACCUCAUUCCUGUGCUGGUUUCAGGAGACUUUAUCCCAGAGUCUUUUAAAGAUACAAUUAAAAAAAGACAGCGGGUCUGUUAAUAUUCAAGACACAGGUAAAGAAACGAAGGAGAAAAAAAUCCCCAUGCCUGUCUAAACUCUCAUCAAGCGAAUGUUGAUCUUCUUCCCUUUCGAAAGUUUCCAGUCUGGCCUCAAGUGUGGGUGAGGGAUUUCCAUCACAGGAAUUAAAGAAAUGUAUCAGGGAAGUAUCGGCGGUUGUUCAGGAAAAUGAACCUACCAGGGGUAAGGUAAAAGGUUUUCCUAUGCACCCAAGGGUUAUGGAACUACUGCAGAGAGAGUGGAAAAACCCAGAAAGACGUGUUUUCAUUUCUAAGCACUUCAAAACAACUUUUUAAACUACAGAUUGAGGAAAAGUGUGAAGGACUUCCAAAAGUCGGUAUCAAGAUGGCACAAUUAUCAAAGAAAACCACAAUCCCAAUUAGUGAGGUUUCUGGUUUAAAAGAUCACAUGGACUAGUGGGCCGGAACAUCGAGCAGAAGAAUAAUUCAGGCCUUGGGUUAUCAAUGCAAAGCUGGAAUCUCUGGUUCAGCAGUUCUAAAAGCCCAUGGCAUGGUUACAAGCCUUAGAAGAAUCCCUUAUGGGAAAAUCAGAGAAAGACCCAGCUGUUGUUUCUUCUGAAACUCUAAUGAAUUUCUAUUGGAUGUCUCUGAUGAGAUCCUUUGAUUAUGUGCUCUGGUAAUGAGUUUAUCCUCAGUGGCCAGAAGAGCCUUAUGGCUCAGAACAUGGACUUCGGAUUCAGCUUCAAAACCUGCUUUAUGCGAAUUACCUUUUAGAGAGGAACAAAUUAUUUGGCACUCCUCUGGAAGAAAUGAUUAAAAAGAUGUCUGAAACCAAAAAGGAUUCCAGGAUUCCUCAGGAUUCCAGAUAUACAGGAUCUCAAGCCAAUAAAAGAUUGGUCCGGGUCGCGCCCGCCAUUUUGGAAACUCUGAGUCUGCAGUUUGUAGAACUAGGAUUAAUAACUGAUUGUUUUUAUAAGGGACUGGCUCCCUUCAUCUCCCCAAUUCCUUUCAAAUCUACCCAAGUUGUCUAAACAAAUUAAAUACUUUUGUCUCCACUCCAGCAUUUACAUUUAAGCUGGCGGCCGCUAUCUCGGUGUCCCCAAGUAACAUGUCCUGGCGGCCAUCUUGGUGCUUCCCCUUAAAGCUAUCACACUCUCUUUUAAAUUUUUUAUAUUCUUUAUAAAACUUGUAUACUAUUAAAGGACCACUCUAGGCACCCAGACCACUUCAGCUUAAUGAAGUGGUCUGGGUGCCAGGUCCAGCUAGGGUUAACACAUUUUUUCAUAAACAUAGCAGUUUCAGAGAAACUGCUAUGUUUGUGAAUGGGUUAAGCCUUCCCCUAUUUCCUCUAGUGGCUGUCUCAUUGACAGCCACUAGAGGCGCUUGCGUGCUUCUCACUGUGAUUUUCACAGUGAGAGCACGCCAGCAUCCAUAGGAAAGCAUUAUGAAUGCUUUUCUAUGUGACCACGCAUGGGAGGAGAAGAGGAGGAUCGGAGGAGGAGAGCUCCCCGCCCAGCGCUGGAAAAAGGGAAGUUUUAACCCCUUUCCCCUUUCCAGAGCCGGGCGGGAGGGGGACCCUGAGGGUGGGGGCACCCUCAGGGCACUAUAGUGCCAGGAAAACGAGCAUGUUUUCCUGGCACUAUAGUGGUCCUUUAAGAUUCUAAGCUCAUUUCUAUUUUAUGUUUUCAUUUCUAUUUUGACUUUUAUUACUUCGAUAUUCUACUGAAUGUUUUGUCACAUGAUUAAUGAUGUCACUAAUUAUGAUACUAAUUGGAAUGCUAUUUAAACAGGAUAGGCCCUUCAUGCUGUAACACUUUAAAAAAGCCUUGCUAACAGGUGAAAUGCGUUGGUGUUUUUAGAAAAAAAGCCCUUUUGCUAUAUUGUUCUAUUUGUCUCCAAUAAAGAUAGCCAUUUAAUGCUAUUUGGAGCCUCCUAGCCUAUCCUUUUAAACAUCCAAUAGUUUUAUCGUCAGGAACCUGAGGACUUGCAAGUGAUAUCCUUGGUGGGAAUUAUUCCACCUACACCUUCUAUACUGAGCAAUAUUCCAUUUGCUCCCCGCUUGUGAGUAUACCUCCUUUCUCUAAUUCCAGUUUUAUUUUGGACCAUACAGAGAGCCUCCCAUAUUGCCCUGAGCUUGAGAAAACUACCAUAGGCACUGCUUCCUGACACUACCUUCAAUAAAAGAUCUCAAUUCACUGGACAGCAUUCCUUCUGCUACCAAGAAAAUUUUGAGAGCUUUCGCAAACAGAAUAGACACACCAGCUUCAGGAAUCUCAAUAAACAAAACAAAAAGAAAAGAGAUUGACGCCGAAAGAGUGGGAGGUCGUCUUUGGUUCUUUUCUCAGAAAUGGAACGAGUCGACAUCAAACAAUUGGAUAAUAAAGACCAUAUUUUUUUCUUCUUUCAAAGUAUCCAUCACAAAAGAAAUCAGAGGCCCUCCUAGCAGAAGCCCUGCUUCUUUUAUGCAAGGGGGGGUCAUACAAAAAGUACCCAGAUGCCAAGAGCUCCAGGGGGUUUACUCUCGACUGUUUUUAAUUCAGAAGCCAGACAAGUCUUCCGUCCUAUCCUAGACCUCAAAGAUGUCAAAGCACAUCCUGCAGAAGGGAGAAUUUAUGGCAAAAUUAGACUUGAAGGAUGCCUACCCCCAUGUUCCAAUAUCUGUAUUUUCUCUGAAGUUCCUAAGGUUUCCAAUACCAGCAGGAAAAAGAUUCUUCACACUCAGUUCAAGGCCCUACCGUUCAGGCUAUCAUCAGCCUCCCGUAUCUUUACAAAGAUCCUGGCUCUUCUAGCAGCAACCUUACGUAUAAGAGGUGUGACAAUAGUUCCUUAACAGGACGACUGGUUCUUAAAAACAGAAUCAGAACAUCUUCUGCGGUUAGACCUCAAGAUCACCAGGAGGUUUUGAAGAGAUCACGGUUGUAUUUUAAACCUACAAAAAUCUCAGAUGAUUUCUUCAACAAGGAUGGAAUUCCUGGGGAUUCAAGAUCGCUAUCUCUUUUUCUUCCUGUGUCAAAGCAAAAAAGAAUUAUAAAGGCAGUUUCAAGCUUACAAAAGAAAAAAGUUUGCACCAUCAGACAGGCCAUGAGUGUCCUGGGACUUCUCACCUCUGCGAUCCCAGUGGUUGGAGACCUCUACAAUGAAACAUUCUUGCAGAAUGGUCAAAAAAAAUAAAAAAUGUAAGAUUUCGAUGCAGUUAUCUGCCUGUCAAGCACAGAAAGAAUACAACUACAUUGGUGGAAAAAGGCAAACAACCUUUCCAGGGGCCUUUCAUUCAAACAUGUGUGUCCUCUCCUUCUAAUGCAGGCUGUUUUAUUGUUCAGAUCAUUCAGUGCUGUCAGUGGCUGAGCUGUGUGCAUACCUUUUUGAUAAGGAAGUCUUUUUCUGGAGUGAGGUGGUGUGACUAAGGAGGCAGGCUUAUGGUGCAGCAUUCUGAAAAACAUUUAUUUUAUGCAAAAACUUUAAAGAUUUAAGCUUCCAAAAAAAUACAUAUUAAUAAGGCCAAAGCAUUUCAAAUGUAUUAAAGUAGUAUUGGAGUCUGGAGAGUCGCCGCACUGAAUUUUAUGUAAGUGCUCUAAGUUCGACUCCCCAUGGAGUGAUAGAUAGUGGGACUAUCACAUGCACAUCUCUGCGUUUUUACAAAUCUCCCCAAGGUGAAAUCUAGUUGCAUGGCAGCCCGUGGUGAGAGAGAAGAAAGGGAGAUGUACUUGCUUUAAGACCCUCCAAUUUAAGACUGUCCUCUUUUUAACCGUCACAUAGAAUGUGACGGAAGAUAAGAACCAUUCGGCCCAUCAACUCUGCCCAAUAUUUCAAAAUACUUUUAAUUAGUCCCUGGCAUUAUCUUAUAGUUAGGAUAGCAUUAUGGAAAAGGUAUAUAGGUCGCGCUAAGGGGACAAGAAGGUAAAAUAAAUAAAAUAAAUAAAAGUAAUAAAAAAGUCCCAAAUAUAAAUAAACCUGUGUGGUUCUAGGAGAGUAUACAGUCCAAAUGGGUAUCUGAGUCUUCUUAUGUUGAGGAUGUCUUGAAAUGCUUGUCAAUACGUAGAUACAUAAAAAGAAAAGAAGAAGAAGAGGAACUCCAAUAGUGUAGAAUGUCGAUAUAGUUUCCAGGUAUAGGUCUGUAAGUAGGUAAAUGACUCACCUUGGCGUGAGCAAAGAAACCUUGCUCAAGUGUUCUUAGCGUUCAGUGGCGUCAAUCCCCCACUGGUAGGAUAUAGGUGAUGGGGUCCUGGACAAUUCCUCGGUAUAUAAAAAAUGAGAGACGUAUAUAGUGCUCACUGAUGUUUGUAAAAACAAAUAAAAUAAGUAAAAUACUCACAUGUACAUGAGCAGGAAAUACUGCUCAGUAUGAUGGCGCAGGUGGUACAAUCCCCACCUUAGGAUUCUUGGAAGUUGACGUACUUCAAUCCAAAUUGAUGACCAGGUAAUUCAAAUUGAAAAUAACAAUAAAAAAAAUAAAAUAAAAGGAAUUAAAAGUAUAUAGGCAAAAAAUAAGGGCCAAUAUUCCUUUAUUAAAAUAUAAAUUAUCAGUAUAUAUAACAGACUUUGUAAUAGCCAAAACGCGUUUCACCACACAGGGCUUUAUCAAAUGGCAUUUAAAAGAGAGAAAAACCUGGUACACAAGCUACUUUUAUAAGCUAAAAAAUCAAUUAGGCAUUUUGAAUUUUGGCGCCAAAAUGACGUCACACUUACAGUAUGCAUAGUUUAAAAACAGUUUAAAAGUAAGAAAUUGAAAUGUGAAAGCAUUAUAUAAUGCAAUAUUAAGAUAAUUAUCAGUUUCAAAUAAUAAAACGAGCAUUUUUUAUAAUGUUAUACACUAGGAGAAAUUAUGUCAGUGAAGAAAAUAUAUUCGCAAUUAGUAUGUAUACAAAAGUUAAAAUUGAUGAUAUAGGAACGUAUAUAAAAGGGAUAUGAAAAUGUCUGUGGGCUUGAAAUAGAAAAACGAGCAUUAUUAAAAAAAGUAAUAUAUAAUGAAACACGUGAUCGCGGCUAGACGCGAUCACGUGAUCGGAACUGGGUAUUGUGGGAAAUGUAUGCCAGAGAGUCGGGAGAUCGGCGCAAAAGUAUAUCGCCUGUCUCUCGACUAGAUAGUGCAGCAGAGGCAUGUAGGAGCUAGAUGAUUAGCCCUACAUGUAAAAAAAAAAGACCUAAUUGGUGAAGGGAGAGGGGGAGAAAAGAAAAAUGGGAAGAGACAAAAGAGGGGUUUAUAGCAGGAAAUAUCCUGCAUAAAUCUAAGGAAAAAAGAAAAAGAUAAUAAUAAAAAAAUAUAUAUAUAAAUAAAGAAUGUAUAUAAAAGUGAAUAAGGGUAAGUAUAGGAAAAAAUGAAAUAAUAAUAAAAGUUAAAAUAAUAGUAAUGAGUAAAAAUAAAAGAUAAGAAUAAAUAUAAAUAAUAAUAAUAAAAUGAAAAAAAAAAUUAAAAAAAAUUAUUAUAAAAAGUUGAAAAGGUCAAAUUCAACAUUUAAGCCUUGAGGUGAUAGGGUUUUUAAUUGAAAAACCCAAUUCAUCUCUCUUUUCCCCAAAAUAUUUUUCAUAUCCCCUCCUCUCCAUGGCAUGGAAACUUUUUCUAUCCCAGUAACUAUAAGAGCACUUGGGUCUUUAUUGUGCAAUAAAAAGUGUUUGGACACUGAAUGGUUAUCAUAUCCUUUUUUGAUAUUACGGCAAUGUUCUGCCAGUCUGAUCUUUAAACACCUUGUUGUCAUACCGACUCUCUGGCAUACAUUUCCCACAAUACCCAGUUCCGAUCACGUGAUCGCGUCUAGCCGCGAUCACGUGUUUCAUUAUAUAUUACUUUUUUUAAUAAUGCUCGUUUUUCUAUUUCAAGCCCACAGACAUUUUCAUAUCCCUUUUAUAUACGUUCCUAUAUCAUCAAUUUUAACUUUUGUAUACAUACUAAUUGCGAAUAUAUUUUCUUCACUGACAUCAUUUCUCCUAGUGUAUAACAUUAUAAAAAAUGCUCGUUUUAUUAUUUGAAACUGAUAAUUAUCUUAAUAUUGCAUUAUAUAAUGCUUUCACAUUUCAAUUUCUUACUUUUAAACUGUUUUUAAACUAUGCAUACUGUAAGUGUGACGUCAUUUUGGCGCCAAAAUUCAAAUGCCUAAUUGAUUUUUUAGCUUAUAAAAGUAGCUUGUGUACCAGGUUUUUCUCUCUUUUAAAUGCCAUUUGAUAAAGCCCUGUGUGGUGAAACGCGUUUUGGCUAUUACAAAGUCUGUUAUAUAUACUGAUAAUUUAUAUUUUAAUAAAGGAAUAUUGGCCCUUAUUUUUUGCCUAUAUACUUUUAAUUCCUUUUAUUUUAUUUUUUUUAUUGUUAUUUUCAAUUUGAAUUACCUGGUCAUCAAUUUGGAUUGAAGUACGUCAACUUCCAAGAAUCCUAAGGUGGGGAUUGUACCACCUGCGCCAUCAUACUGAGCAGUAUUUCCUGCUCAUGUACAUGUGAGUAUUUUACUUAUUUUAUUUGUUUUUACAAACAUCAGUGAGCACUAUAUACGUCUCUCAUUUUUUAUAUACCGAGGAAUUGUCCAGGACCCCAUCACCUAUAUCCUACCAGUGGGGGAUUGACGCCACUGAACGCUAAGAACACUUGAGCAAGGUUUCUUUGCUCACGCCAAGGUGAGUCAUUUACCUACUUACAGACCUAUACCUGGAAACUAUAUCGACAUUCUACACUAUUGGAGUUCCUCUUCUUCUUCUUUUCUUUUUAUGUAUCUACGUAUUGACAAGCAUUUCAAGACAUCCUCAACAUAAGAAGACUCAGAUACCCAUUUGGACUGUAUACUCUCCUAGAACCACACAGGUUUAUUUAUAUUUGGGACUUUUUUAUUACUUUUAUUUAUUUUAUUUAUUUUACCUUCUUGUCCCCUUAGCGCGACCUAUAUACCUUUUCCUGUUUGUUCCAUUCCAUGUGAGGUUAUUUGAGGGACCUCAUUCCUAUAGGUUGCUGCUUUUACUUUUUGUUUUUAGUUUCUCUUAGAUUGCUUAGCGCUGAACCAUUACCUUUUUGUUCUAGGAUAGCAUUAUGCCUAUCCCGCGCAUGCUUAAACUCCCUCACUUAGUUAACCUGUACCACUUCAGCUGGAAGGCUAGUCCAUGUAUCCACUACCCUCUCAGUAAAGUAAUGCUUCCUGAUAUUAUUUUUAAAUCUUUGCCCCUCUAAUUUAAGACUAUGCCCUUAAACUUUGAUCUUACAUUUUGUUAGGAAGACAGUGGUGGUCACUUACUGAUGAAUCAUAAGUCACAAAGUGAAUGACCCUGACAUUGUACUGCUUUAUUACAGGAUUUUGCCAUGUAUGAACACAGAAUAUGCAUUAAUAUGAGAACAUAUUCUCCAUGUGCUCUGCAAAAUUGUCUUGGAAACUGCUCCAUCACGUCACUAUGUGCAUCACCGUAUUGCCUGACCUAUGACUGGACUCUAGAAGAGCACCAUUGUAAUUUAUGCAGUACAAAGCCCUGCAAACAAAUGGUUUGGCAGAGGAUCAUACUUUCUAAACUAAACAUUCUAUAAAGAUAAUUCAAACAACAUAUUUACCUUUGUAACACUGCUAAUUAUAUAAAGGCAUUUUUUUUUCCUUAAAGAAAAUUACUUGGUGUUAUUUCUUUCUUGUCCUUUAAAACAAUUGGUCUGCUGUAUACAUUUCAUAUCUUUUAUAAGUUAAAAUAAACUUGAGCAAAUGAGGACAUUCCCAUCAUCCAAUGCAUCCCUUGUAUAAAUUGGGUGCUAAACUUGUAUAAUGUAGAAAAUCUUUAAAAUAGUAAAAACACAUAAAUGAAUAAUAAACAGUGUUAUUCGCCUCUGAGAAUGUGUGGUUGAAUGCUGUUAACAAUCCAUCCCAGAUGGUUAUCCCAGUGUUCAGUUAAAUUAUAAUAAGGAAUAUGUGUAUUGAUGCUUCUGUGUAUUAUCAACAGAGAGGAAAUCUGCUCCACUAAAAACUGUCUUGAUUCCUCUGUGGGACACUUUCUGACCAUUGGUUGCUUGCCAGAAGAACAUUUUGUUUACGAAAAACUCUCCAUGGAGAAUAUUACACAAUUGUGGUUUGGCACACAUUGUGAUCUGUGAAUUUCACUGCGCUGAACCUAAAAGAGGGAUUUCUAUGUACAAGCAUUAACUCGUAUUGAGCAGGUUUAUGUUAACUGAAGGCAGACUUCCAAGUACUUAAAGGAACUGUAUAGGUAAAAGAAAAUGUGUAUCAGUCUACCUUUAAAAUGUUUACUUUUGCUCCUCUUAUUGCAAUUAAAAGAGAUACAUAAAUCUUUAUUCAGUAAACAUCAAAAUGUAUGUAUUACAUGAUGAUGGGUUGUUGGCUCAAAACCAUGGCACAUCUCUAUAGACACCCCAAGUGUUGCACAAAGUGUGCGGAGAUCAAGGUCAGCAUCAUGAUGAAUAUACUACUCAUUUGUUUAUUGCACUAUAUCAAUGUUUUUUUUUUGUUUGUUUGUUUUUUUUAAAUGUUCAAUCUUUUUAAGUUUACGUUUUUCUAGUGUACGUGUGUGUAUAUACUCCCUCCAUGGAGUAGGUUCCUUUAUUACACCUUUUGAACAUGGAUCUCCCUUAGGCGAUUUCAGCAAUUGGGUGCUAGUGCCAACCCGUCCUUGUAUAUAGAUCCUUAUUGUAUAGUGAUGCCAGUUUUUUUCUUGUAGGCAAUAAAGCUUUGUAUAUAAUUGUGCUAGUGAAAAUAGCUAAUAUGCCAUACUUGCUAAAAAGCAUACAUUUUGGCUUUUGUGUCCAACAGAAAACACACUGCUCUAAGCUAUAGAAAUUCCAUGGGGAGUCGAAUUUAGAGCACUUACAUAAAAUUCAGUGCGGUGACUUGUAGAUUAUAUGUCUCUCCCAACAACUAAGAGGUACCAGCUGCAAUAAACUGUGCAACAUAAUAUAUAUUCAAUAUCUUUGCUAGCAGGUUCUGAUAGCUGUGAAUAAAAUAACAUUUUACUUUUUAACCCCUUAAGGACCAAACUUCUGGAAUAAAAGGGAAUCAUGACAUGUCAUGUGUCCUUAAGGGGUUAAAGAACUAUCGCUGCUGUUAUCAAGUGUACGUUUUCUGCAUCACAUUUACAUUCUGCGUUUUAUUUUCCCUGCAUUCAUAAUGUUUAACAUUUCUAACUUGUUACCUACUACUCCACAAAUAAUUUCCCAAGUUGUUGUUUUAUUUUAUUUAUUUUUUUAUCUGUCUGAAAACUCCCUAAACCCCCUUUUAUUCUAGAAAUUAAGUAAAAACUGUGUAGGACCAACUUAAUAAAUGUAUUUUCAAAGACUGUAUUUAAAUAUAUAUUUUGUGUUCCUAAAGUGAAAAAAGUAUAGAUGAGCCAUCUCCAGCAGUGGGAUUCCUGUACUCCAAGAGCCGCUUUCUGGAUAAUUAAAGACAGUCAUUCUAUUUUUGUUUAGAACGCUGGUCAUUGUGGUUUGUAAUGGCAGACAGGACAGAAGUAUCCUAUUUGCUUUGAGGUGGAAAGGUGGCAUACAUUCAUCUACAGUAUUAUUUAAAACUUAUUUUUGUGCAAGUGAUUUGAUAUCUAUUAGUACUAUUUUUAAAUGGAACAUCCUUGCUCUCGGGCUGAAUUCUUAGAAUUUAUAUGACUUUUUGGUUCUCAACAUAGUAGACAUUUUUAUAAAAUAACAUAUUUCACCUCAGGACUCGCUAUGUAGGUAUCAUUCUUGCAUUUCAUGUUUUGUGGAGUGAUUUAUCAUUUUGCAAAUAUUGUGACAGACACCUGCUGAUCUCACAAGUUCAUCUUCCAUUCAAUUCCUUUCUGUGAGGACCUUUAACACCUAAUUCUGCAUGUUUUGUGAAACCAUUAUUUGGAUUUCUUAAACAGCUUUAUUGUAAAUUUUACCAACCCAUACAAGAACGUAUACCCCUUCCUCCCCCCUCGUUGGACAACACCACUGCUUUGAAGUGGAAUGGAAACGAUCAACGUAAAGCAAGUCUGGCUUUUUUCACAUAUUUUUUUUUUUUUUUUUUCCUGUUCAGUCGUGUAAACAACUAUUGAGCUUGGUGCCAGCAAAAACAUAUCUCAAUGUAAAAAACAGGUAACAAGUCCUGGCAUAAUGAAUAUGUUCUAACACAGUUUUUCUUUCUAUUUAGCAAUACUGCACUAUUUAUCAUUAUUCAGUAUCGCUCUUUUGUGGGUGACUAAAACUAUUAAGGAAACCAUAGGAUAUAUCAGAAAUGUAAGGCCAAACAUAUUUUUAUUUUAGGUUUUUGCUACGUGUCUACAAAGAUAUGUUUGGAUUUUUCUCAGUGAGAGUGGUAGAUGAUUAAGUCACCAAAUACUGUGACAAAGUUAUGCACCUUUUUUUUCAUGGGACAUAAUUCCCCUGUGGUCUUGCUAGCUGGCAAUACUAACUUUCCAACUGGGAGAGUUGAUUCAAUUUGACCAUUCUGGAAAACACAUUGGGUCAUUUCAUGGCCUCUAAAGAGAAAUUGAAAAGCUGCCCCUUUCUCAUAAGAUUGCACUCUUAUUACACAUUUCUGAAUGUAUAACCAUCAGACCUUUAAUUAUAUGUAUCCUAUUCUAUGAGGAAAAACUUUAGGCAGCACUCUGUUUGAGCAGUUACGUUCACUGGAUUUGGUAUUUUUCAAAAUGCAAUUCUGUUCUAUGUAAUAACAGACAUGCUGCCAAUCUCAGCCUGUAAUGCAUUUGACAGACUAUGACUAAUAUAAAAUAUUUGAAUGGUUCCCUCUCCUCCCUGGUCCAGAAAUUAAUGUGAGUAAAAAGUGUUCAGUUGCCCAUAAAGGAUCCCCUUAGUGGUAAAUCUGCACUCCAGAUUCCAGCAGUACCGUGAUUCACAAAUUACCUCAUAAUCGAUAUUUGUGUAUACAUUGACUCACAGCUCCACUACCGUAUACUCCCACACACCUACUCUUACACCACAAUCUAAUAAUGCACUUGUUGAAUGCAGCCAACAAGUGUGAAAUAACAACUACUUUCCUACUACAGACAAACCAAAGAAGCAUGUGGUUCCCAUGGAAGAUCUCUCUUCUCCAGAAUUUCCCAGCAUUCUUAGAUUGUUUAUGGCUCCUUACUCCAUUUUACAGUACCCCACAGCUACCUAAAGAUGUAUCUUAAACCCCUGCAUUCUAUGUCUACUGUUUUUAUUUUCCUUCCCUGGAAAUCUGAUUUGCAAAUUCCAGAUCUUCAAUUUUUAAUUCAUUUUGGUUUUUCCUCUCAUGGCUAUUGGAGGUAACUAAAAAACAUCCAUUUGUUUAAAAAUACAUAGGGAUUAAGGAGAGAGCGCAGGUAACUUGUUUUUUCUUUGUUUUUUUAAAAUAUAUUGGGGUGAUGUGUACUCUGCCGGCCAGUGAUGGGAGUGAGCGCAGGACUUAUCUUUCUGCAUUUAUAUCCAUUUUUUUGUAUCACUCAGCCUUGUUACAAUGCAGCCGCCCAUCCCAUGUGUUCCCUAUUAAGGGUUAAUAAUAUAUAGGGGUGUAUAUAAAAAUACCCCUUUCUGUCUCAUUAGAGAUCUUUGCCAGAAGCUCAAGGAAGCAAGGUGAAUGGUUAGAGUUAGGACCCACCAGGGAGGGGGGAUCUGCCUUGAUGUUUGCAGGUGGGCUUUUCCUCUCAUGGUCAAUGGAGGUAACUAAAAAACCUCCAUUUGUUUAAAAAUACAUAGGGAUUAAGGAGAGAGUGCAGGUAAUUUGUUUUUCUUUGGUUUUUACUAUAUAUUGGGGCUGAUGUGUACUGUAGUCAUUGCUGCCGCCCAGUGAUGGGAGUGAGAGCAGGACUUAUCUUUCUGCAGUUUAAUUGAUAUGCUUUCUUGAAGAUAUUGGUUCAUUGCACACACGUUUCGCCUGCAGUUUUCUUCAGAUGACACAUUUGAUACGGAAUUCUCCCCCCAAAAAAUCUUUGAAUAACAUAUACAGACUUUGCCAUAAUUAAUGUGGAAUAAGGAUCUUUCUUUUUCAAUAUCUGUAUCAACAAGUGACAAUUUAUAGACAUCACAUUUUACAUCAUAUGAUAGAAAUUAAAACACAGUUACAUUACAAUGCAAAUCACAACCAUAUCCUAACAUCUAUGUUAACAAAACACAUCUACCAGCACAGGAAAGUUGCAUACUUUGUUUUAAUUUUUUCUGUAUUUUCUAUUCCGAUGAAUGUGUAUUUCAAAUCGGGCAUACCUCAGUAAGUUUUGUUUUCAUUUUUUUUGUUUUAUUUUAUGCCUUCAUAUUUUACAUACUAACUAAACCAUGCAUUACACAGAACUGAACACUAUAUUUGCACAAAAUAGACGUGUCUUAAAGCAGUACUGGCAUGCCGAACUUACCUUUCCCCAAUCGUUUCCUCUUCUCUUCCUCUGUCAGGAUCUGUUCUUCGUUUCUUCCUAUCUGAUCUAGUUUUCUUUAAAAAAAAAAAAUCAAGACAAAGUAGGGACUUAUUUGUCUUAUGUAUUUUUCCCUACGCUUGGCCAGCUUUGACCCAAGGAGGAGCUUAAGUCCGUCCCAUUUCCUGUGGUCAAAAAAAUAUUCCCACAAUACUCCCCUUCUUCAGUGAUCUUGCGAUGCCUCUUUUCAAUAUUCCCACAGGGUGCCGGCGAAACUAAUUUUGUCCUAGCAGUUUGUCCAUUCAUAUAAGGACGAAAUUCUGUACUUUUUUGUUAGGAUCGGAAUUUCAUUUGAAUGAAUGAAAUUACAAUCCUAUUCUUGCCGCGGCUGCAUGUUGCAGCCGCUUAGUAGAUAACCCCCUUAUUAACACAGUAUUAGGGAGCUAUCUACUAAAAGGCUAAAAAAAAAAAAAUCUAAAUUGGUCUUUCAGCCAACUUAACUAAAAGUAAGUAAAGAUUACUUAGCAUGGGUAAAUAAGGAAUUUAAAAUCUUCCUUCUGCCCCUCCUCGCUAUGCUGCCAGUAGGGGCAUGUCUAAUUAAAAGUGAGCAGCCUCUGGCCGCCAUGACUAAUAAAGUGUCCCUUGGUGGGGCACUGUUUCCCCCCCCCCCCCCGAAUCCCCACUCGUGCACCCCGAGUGGGGGCCCCUAAAAAAGGGGGACCUUGUGUCUCCCCACUCAUGGGGAGAAGGUGGGUGCCCAAAAGUGGCAAAAGGGGAGGACCUACGGUCUCCCCCUCAUGGCCCCACCCAUGACCUGUCCAUGUGUCCAUACCAUUUGCCCUUUCCAGGGGAUAUUUAAAAUGUGUAUCUUAGAAGCUGAUUUUCACAAGUGACUCUAUGGUGGAGUAAGAGUAGGGUAGGGUUAUGGUUAGUGUUGUGGUAAGGUAUGGUUUAAGGCUGUUUUAGGGUUGGGGUAGUGUAGCAUUAAGGGUAAGAUUAGAGUAGGCAUACAAUUAGUGUUAGCAUUGAGUAGUGGUAUGGUUGGUAUAGCAUUACUGUGGGAGUUGGUAUAGGGUGUGACCUUAACAAAGUGAUUUAGCUCCUAAAUGGCAGUGAGACUGCUGUGGCAUUAAAUAUAUACACCAAGAUCACUCCAUUAAGCUAAGGUUGUUUUGGUGUUUAGUGUAUCCCUUUAAACAUUAUUUUUAAAUUACACCACAAUUACGCAGCGUAGUAAAUCAAAAUUUCACUGAAAUGUGGAAAACACUUUCAUACAGAUUUCCUCCAUACUGUCCUCAUUUAAAAAUGUAAAUGCAUACUGUUGUCGGGCUUUGUCACUAUGUAUUGCAGGGCACUUUACGUAGGAAGUUGCCUUUGCAAUUUAGUCAUCAGCAGUUCAGGUUCUCGUUUUCAAUCUGUCUUUAGUUGAAAACCUGCUCUGUUCCUGACAUUGCUAAAUCUGAUCCUAGUCUGAGUAUGCAUUUGCUGGUUAAACCUGUUCCUCAGUCUGCCAUCUCUUGCCAAAUCUUUUUUUGGUAAUGUUUGUAUUGUGUUGCCAUUCCAGACGAGCAGGCUCACUUGUAUUCUUCACCAGAUACAGUAGCACUCUUUCCUUGCUUUGCAGCUAGCCAUAAACAGUAGGAAUAUUAAAUUAAGUUAUUCAAUUCACAUCUUUAAUAAAUAGAAACCUAGAAUGUGACGGCAGGUAAGAACCAUUCGGCCCAUCUAGUAUGCCCAAUUAAGUAAUACGUUAAUUACUUAACGUUAUUAAUUAAAUAACACGUCAUCUGCAAUUGUAAACAUAAACCGUGUAGAGCUUCAUUGAAUACAUCUCAACGUGUGUGUGUUUGUAUGUAUGUAUAUAUAUAUAUAUAUAUAAUCACCUGAAGGUUUUAGUUUCCCAAAAAAAUCUUAUUUGUAUUAAAAUACAUAUUUUUACCAACAGGAGUUGAAACCUGAUGAUGUGACAAAAACAGCUUUACAGAAAGAAAUCAGCUUUGACAAUGUGUGCAAAAAGGUAUGUUCCAAAAACAAAGCAUUUAUCUGAUAGGUCCAAUGUACUUAUCUGAAAUAACCUAUUUUACUUUGAGCAUCAUUAGCUUCCCAUUGAAACUAACAACAGCCCACAGAGGUCCACUGCUGAAUUUAUUUUCAGCAUAGAUUAUGUACUAAUAUUAUAUUAGCUGUAUUGUUUAACAAUUAGUCACUGAGCUAAUAUUACCAUUAACGAGUGAGUUGCCAAACUAAUGCAGUGUACAGAAUUUUGUGUGUCUUCACACAAGGAGCUAUUGAGUGGAUCUGUCUAAGUUUUAGAGAAACCGUGAAAUGUCUCUCUCUUUAUGCUUUUACUUUCACUCAAACUGCAUUAGAUUGGUCGUUCUGAAAAUUAAACAAGGCAAAAGAUCAAUCAAAGCUUUACAGCGAGUUCUAUAUGAGGUGAGAUAGGCUGAGUGUUUUUGACUGUCAAAUUCUACAUUUUUAUGUUAAGUACAAAUAGACAGUUUUUAUGCUGUAGGGAUAGUAUGUAAUUUUAUUUUCCAGGUGACAGUUCCCUUUUAACCUCAAAUUCACUUAGGCUUAGUUGCAUGUUACAACAAGCAGCCAAACCACAUGUUGUGAUAUAGCCACGUAGAGAAUACUUGCAGGCCGAUAAAUUGUUGUAAGAUGAUAAUGUGCUUUAGUGAAAGUGCACAUAUCACUCCUGCCUUAUCUGGUCUUGGGAGAGCAAAUUGCAGCUGCAAAGCUUAGCAUAAUGUGUUGGUUUUCCUUAACUCUAAUUUCACAGACUGCCUGCAUCAUUAAUGAAAGAGGCGUGAUUCCCUAGCAGGUGUAUAUUGUGAUAUUUAUUUUUGUUUUAUUUUUUUAUUGAUGUUAAACAGAUACUUGGUAUGCAAAUACAAACUCCUGUGUGUAUGUGUAAAGCAGAAUAUGCACAAAAUAUGCCCAUUGACUUCAGCCGUGUAUACUCGCCAUUAGGAGUUUCUAUUCUAAGGACUUCAGUUGCCUGGAGAACUUACCUUGUUCACCUUACAUGUCGUAGAUGAUCUAGAUAGUUCAAGAGCAACAACAACAAAAAAGAAAAUAAUUAGUAGUUGGUAGUUACUGAAAUCAUUGGAAUUUAUCAGAUUAUUACUACACUCCAUAAGUUGAUUUUUUUGAAAAAUAUCUGGAACAAAUGCAGCUUUGUCGGGAAAUCAGCUUAGCUAUUGAAUACUUUCUUCCAUGUAAAAAUAGUAAGGGACUUUAAUUUUUCAGUUAAUAUCUUUAAAAAAAAAAAAAAAAUAAGGAAGGGACAUUGCCUCUAAUAAGUUCACUGGGUAGCUUCAUUGCUAUUUUGAUUUUAUUUUUUUCAUGCAUGAAGCUACACCUGAAGCUAAGAGAGAGAUACAUUACGUAGAUCUGCUGUACAAGUUCUUGUACUGUUCAGUGUAAUUAUAUCCCUCCCCCCAUAGCUGUAACAAAAGUCUUUCAAAUCUAACUUUAUACAGCAUGGUACUGUAUGAGCAGGUUUAUCUUCAGGAAAACCAUACAAUAGGUAUGAACACCAAUUCUGUGAAAUCAUAUAUUUUUUAUGAAUUUGUGCUUUUGAACCUUUUGAUGACCUUCAGAACAUAUUAAUUUUUCACAUAAGAAUUAUUCAAAUAGCAGUAUUUUUACCUGGGAUUUCUGCUUAAAUUGCCUUCAAAACAAAUUGUUUUAAACUCGAGACAUGAAAGAAUUACAAAACCAACUAGAGGGGUUCCGCUUGCCAUAAGAAAAGGAAUUUUUUACUUUACCAAAUACCGUCAGACAAAAUAUUGAAGAUGGAAAGUUGAGACACAUUCCCUACUUCUCAGUGUUCCAAAAGAAAUGAGAAACAGAUUCAUUUGCAGGAAACUUCCCAGACAGGGAAUUAAAAAAAAAUGUUUAAACUUUGUACCUUAGAUCAGAAUUAAAAUGGUCUUUAACUGCUCAGCAGAAGCAUAAGUAUUUUCCCUUACAGAUUUAUGUCCGUUUUUUUGUUGUUUGUUUUUUAAAAUUCUUUAUUGUUGUUGUGCAAAAGUUUAACAAACAGGCUCAUUAAGCCACAACAUCAAGUACAGGCAUUUAAACAGGCUUAGUACUAUGGCGCGAAGUAGAACUGCACAUCUUUUAGGUAAUAAAUAGGCUGAUACAAGUUAUGUCAGGUAAGGAGAAGGUGACGAGUGAUUGAGACAUAUUAUGGAAGCUGACAUUAACAUAUUUGAAGAAAGAAAAUAGUGUAACACGCAAAACUAUUGUUAUGACUGUAGCUUAGUAGCCACUGGGUACUAUUCUCAGUGUAGGAGCUUAUAAAAAUAACAUGUUAAGUUAAUGCCCAUCACAUGCUAAGAUAUACCUGCAGCAGCACUAGGAGUGUCUGCUAGAUAGGUUGAUAUGGUCUGGGCCAAAUGCUUCCAAGAGAAGGCUCCCACAUGGACCAGUCUGGUCAUUUCAAUAUAGCAGAUGCAAUAUAUACUGUUGUCAUAGAGUUGCAUGGUGCCUGAAGUCACGCAUUAUGAGUUAUAAUCGGAGCAUGGCAUUUUCAAUGGUGGAGCACAGUUUUAUAACGUAGUGUAGUAAGCAUGUUUAGGCUAUCAUGUCAUGUUAACUGAGAAAGGCAACACUGUCUUACACAAAAAAAUGCUAGACUUGGUGUUAGAUGGUAUGUGCACUAAAUAACCUGUUACAUUAACAUUACUGGCAUAAAAAUAUAAUAAGAAAUAGAAAUUAGAGAUUAUCAUUGGGACUAAAGCAGUAAAUCAAACAUAUUGGGCAAUAAAUAAAAUUAAAAAAACCUUUGCAUUAGGGGAUCUGUGGCCUUUGCAUUUGACUGCUUAGCCGAUGCCUAUUGAAGGCAGACUGCUAACCUUGUGUCCACCUUUCUGCUUUUAAGGGCGCCACCAGCCCCGAAUGCCUGUGUGUUCCUGCUCUGUGACGACUAAAAGGUAACCUGACCAGGGCCUUUAGGCCUUCUCAGUGCUUGUGGUUGGUGUUGCCCGCUGUGAACCAUCUAACAGAGCGGCUUGCGAGUGUAGGCUCGACUCCCUCCAGUGUGCCGUGCAGGGAAGCAGCGGGGAGUUGAUAACUUUAUUUUGGUGGUGGUGUGCUGCAGUACACUCUGCCGCCUGGUGAGGUAAGUCAGUCGGCGAGGUGGAUGCGCCCUCUAUAUGGGGCCAGGACCCAGCGCUGGAUCGGUGAGCUGCCACAUCAGUCACAAUCUCUGGAGUAGCAGGUGAAUCAUGGAGGAUAUAUCUAUACCUCAAGUGCCUUGAGAAUUCUUGGCAGAUUCGAUCAAACCGAGCUUCAAAACUCUCUCUCCAGGUUUGGAUCUGUGGACCCCCUCGAGACUGUGGCUUGGCGGCCAUCUUGGGCUCGGCAUGCGGUAUAUGUUCCAGUGGAGGAUUUAUAUGCUGUAGAUAUGUGGAUUUUGCCACAGGGACUGGGAUAACCCCCACCAGUCGGGAAGGGGGGGGAUGCUGGGCUUCAGGUGAGUUUCUGCUUGUAGCGUUCCCCAUGUCGGGAGAUCUGCCGUUUCUCCUGGUCAUUAGGCCGCCUUCCACGCUAGGCCACAUUUGUGGAGUGUGGUAUAUCUUGGCAGAAGUAGAGGAAACAAGUUUUCUCAGGCCCCCCACUCAAUGCAGCAAUUGGCUAUCGUUGUGCAGAGCUGCAAAAAUCACGAUAAUCCACUCUGCAUUGUGACCUUGGAAACAUUUCAUCUUAAGUUAAUGUACAAAGUUAAGCAUUACCUAAAUACAUGACAUUUGUAACACGCAAUAAUGAGUGUAUCACUUAUAGGGCCUGCAUGCCCAACACUGUAUUUAAUUCUGCUUUUCCCAUUCUAUGAAACAAUAAAAACGAGAUAAAAAAAAAAAAAAAUCACGAAAAUGACCAGUAAUAGCCAAGAUGAGGCUCAGUUGUGCCAGAGUUCAAUGAAAACACAUCUGGUUAGCUCGACUGUCAGCCCCUUUCCCCCCGGAUUUAUGUCAGUUUUUAUGUAACUAGUAUAAUGGUUUACAGGAAGCAUACUGCUCAUACAAAGCUUUUUUUGAGCAAUCCAUAAGGAUAUAGCCGUACAUAACAAUAUAUAAGGUUCUUAGAUAUACAUAUUGACCAAAUAUUGGAUAAUAUUGUAUUGAUUGCCUGAUGUACCUAAAUGUGAUGUUGCAUAUGUACGGAUUAGAUUAUGAUACUGUGACAAUGACUUGAAGAGAAGAACAUUGAAAUGUUUGUAUCUUAAUGUUUUUUAGUAAAUUUUUGUAUAUUUUAUUGUUUGCAUAAUUAAUGUAAUGGAUGUUUAAAUGGACAUUACUGAUGUUGACCCAUUGUAAUUUUGAUGUGCUUCAUUAAAAAAAAAAAAUAACAAAUUAAAAUGAUUAUGAGGCACUAAAAAUCACAUUAAAGUUAAUAUUAAAUUGGCUGCAAACUAAUUAUUUAGACAUUUAUUCAAACGUUAAGCUUUUGGAGUUCUAUUAGAUAAUACCAUGUUGGGAUUCUUGAGUAUCUCGAGUGCUCUUGGCUACAUCUUGUGUGCUCAGCAUUUUCAUUAUUUGUAAAAUAAUAGCUUCUACGUUCCAGGUGUCAAGGGAAAUGAGUAUGCAACGACUUCAUUGGGACUUCAGGAGCUUAGCUCUAGUGAAACGUGUUGCUUGAAAUUUAGGUAGUGGACAGUGUAUUUUACAUAGACAUUGGUUAGGUCAUAUCUUUAAAGGACCACUAUAGUGCCAGGAAAACAAACUCGUUUUCCUGGCACUAUAGUGCCCUGAGGGUGCACCCACCCUCAGGGUCCCUCUCCCGCCACGCUGAAUGGAGAGGAAGGGGGUUAAACACUCACCUUUCUCCAGCGCCGGGCUCCCUCAGCGCUGGGGACUCUCCUUCGGUUGUCAUUGGCUGAAUGCGCAUGCACGGCAAGAGCCUCGCGCGCAUUCAGCCUGUCCAUAGGAAAGUAUUCUCCAUCACAGUUAGAAGCGCCUCUAGCGGCUGUCAAUGAGACAGCCACUAGAGGCUGGAUUAACCCAUUUGUAAACAUAGCAGUUUGUCUGAAACUGCUAUGUUUACAGCAGGCAGGGUUAAUCCUUGAUGGACCUGGCACCCACACCACUUCAUUGAGCUGAAGUGGACUGGGUGACUAUAGUGGUCCUUUAAUGGAGAUUUGAACUGAAUGGAUUUUAGUUAAUAUCACAGUCAGAAUUAUUAUGUGAGAAACCACCAAUUGCUUUGUGACCGUAAAGUGGUGCUUUUAGAGUCUGUCUUUUCAUUACAAAGUAUUUUUUGUUUUUUAGCGUACUUCUCAAAUGAAAAAAAAAGGUAUCUGGUGGUAACCACAGUUAUCCUUGUUUAAACUUCACAUUUUUAUGUUUACCAUAGAAGGUUCCCUGCUAGCUGCGGUUUUCGUUCUUCAUAAGUUACUUCCAUUUCAGACAACCACAUGAAAAAGCUAACACUCAUGGAGCAGUACGUUUUUUUUUUUUUGUUUUUUUGUCCAGCUGAGUUUGUAAAAUUGGCUUCUUUAGUAGAAACAGAUUGUCUACCAUGCAGGCUCGAAUCUGAAGUAUCGGCAGAGUGAGUGGGGAAACUAGAUUAACAAAAAAAAAUUCUUCAGAUGAUCAUCUGAAUGGCUGAGGAAGCAGAAUGUUGAAAUAUAUACUACUGAAGGUCAAGGUACAUCUAAUUACCUGUCGCUAAUGAAUCAUAUAUAAAUAGACGAAUAGUGUAUUGUAAAUUAAUAACGAGUAGUUCUGGUGACAAAUAAACCAUAAGAUCACAGUUUUUUUUUGUUUAUGCAUGUAUUCAUCGACAACAUACUGUAGCUUUCAUAUUUGAUGAUACUGUAGGGUUAAAGGAACACUUCAGGCACAAACACAACAUAAGUGCAUUUGAUAUGCCUUGAUCUCCUAGUCAUGCUGUUUAGUUUUUUCUUUUCCACUUUAAAACUCCUUUAGAUGUUCUUUAAAUAAACAAAAAGGGGUGGUGGGGAGAGGGGGGUUAUAGCUUUUACAGCCUAUCAUCCAUAUUUUACAAGACAUCUUCUUUAUUGUAAGUAGUUAUACAUUCUGUGUUCAGUCAAUGAGAUAUCAGUGUGAGCUAAGCUUCUAACAUGUAUUGGCCCAAUAUCUAAUCAUUAUUGCUAGUGAGCAAGUGUGGUGAUCCUAGAGAUGUGUUUAAUCGGUGCAUCUCUAUAGGGAACAUUCAGUGUUUCCAUUCUAUGCAAGGAUACAUUGAAUGUUGGUCUGUCAAGGAUCACAUGACCACAACCACAAAGCCACCCUAGUGACAGUCUCAGUGACAGCCUUUAGAGGUGGUCAUAAGAGGCGAUGUAAACACUGCCUUUUCCCCGACAGGCUCUAUACCCUAGAACCACUACAUUAAGCUUUAGUGUUUCUGGUGCUUAGUGUCCCUUUAAGUUGUGUUGGUGCCUGAAGUGUGCCUUUAAGAUACCUUCAUUGUUAGAGUAAGAUUGGAAUUACACUCCCAGGUAUUACCAAUAAAUCAAAUUAAUUUUCUCUCUCUCUCUCACAAAAAUAACACAUUAUAGAUUUGAAUGAAUUAAAUAUUCUUCUGAAAUACUUUGUUCUUUACAUAGUGGAAUGUGCUGACAACAAAAUCACACAAAAAUUAAAAAAAAUGGAAAUCAAACUUUUCAACCCAUGGAGGUCUGGAUUUGGAGUCACACUCAAAAUUUAAAGUGGAAAAAUACACUACAGGCUGAUCCAACUUUGAUGUAAUGUCCUUAAAACAAGUCAAAGUGAGGCUCAGUAGUAUGUGUGGCCUCCACGUGCCUGUAUGACCUCCCUACAACGCCUGUGCAUGCUCCUGAUGAGGUGGCGGAUGGUCUCCUUAGGGGUAUCUUCUCCCAGACCUGGACUAAAACAUCUGCCAACUCCUGGACAGUCUGUGGUGCAACGUGAUGUUGGUGGAUGGAGCGAGACAUUGUGUCCCAGAUGUGCUCAAUUGGAUUCAGGUCUGGGGAACGGGCGGGCCAGUCCAUAGCAUCAAUGCCUUCGUCUUGCAGGAACUGCGGACACACUCCAGCCACAUGAGGUCUAGCAUUGUCUUGCAUUAGGAGGAACCCAGGCCCAACCGCACCAGCAUAUGGUCUCACAAGAGGUCUGAGGAUCUCAUCUCGGUACCUAAUUGCAGUCAGGCUACCUCUGGCGAGCACAUGGAGGGCUGUGCGGCCCCCCAAAGAAAUGCCACCCCACACCAUUACUGACCCACUGCCAAACCGGUCAUGCUGGAGUAUGUUGCAGGCAGCAGAACGUUCUCCACGGCGUCUCCAGACUCUGUCACGUCUGUCACAUGUGCUCAUUGUAAACCUGCUUUCAUCUGUGAAGAGCACAGGGUGCCAAUGGCGAAUUUGCCAAUCUUGGUGUUCUCUGGCAAAUGCCAAACGUCCUGCACGGUGUUGGGCUGUAAGCACAACCCCCAACUGUGGACGUCAGGCCCUCAUACCACCCUCAUGGAGUCUGUUUCUGACCGUUUGAGCAGACACUUCCACAUUUCUGGCCUGGAGGUCAUUUUGCAGGGCUCUGGCAGUUCUCCUCCUGUUCCUCCUUGCACAAAGGCGGAGGUAGCAGUCCUGCUUCUGGGUUGUUGCCCUCCUACGGCCUCCUCCACGUCUUCUGAUGUACUGGCCUGUCUCCUGGUAGCGGCUCCAUGCUCUAGACAUGACACAGCAAACCUUGUUGCCACAGCUCACUUUGAUGUGCCAUCCUGGAUGAGCUGCACUACCUGAGCCACUUUUGUGGGUUGUAGACUCCGUCUCAUGCUACCACUAGAGUGAAAGCACUGCCAGCAUUCAAAAGUGACCAAAACAUCAGCCAGGAAGCAUAGGAACUGAGAAGUGGUCUGUGGUCACCACCUGCAGAACCACUCCUUUUUUGGGGGCGUCUUGCUAAUUGCCUAGAAUUUCCACCUGUGGUCUAUCCCAUUUGCACAACAGCAUGUGAAAUUGAUUGUCACUCAGUGUUGCUUCCUAAGGGGACAGUUGAUUUCACAGAAGUGUGAUUGACUUGGAGUUACAUUGUGUUGUUUAAGCGUUCCCUUUAUUUUUUUGAGCAGUGCGCACAUAUAUAUAUAAAUCCAAGAGAGUGGCUGCACUCACGGUUUAAAAGUCCAAAGUUUAAUGAAAAAAACGGUUUAAAACAUCAAGUGAUCACUUGAUGUUUUAAACCGUUUUUUCAUUAAACUUUGGACUUUUAAACCGUUAAACCGUGAGUGCAGCCAUACUCUUGGAUUUUUUGGAUAUUGAAGCUGUCUUUGGUUGGCACCCGGCCAUUAAGGGACAUUGGAGCGUGAGUGCAGGAGCUACUUGUAUUUUUGAUAUUGAUAUAUAUAUAUAAAAUUUUUUUUAUGUAAAAGAAAUAUGGCAUUCAGUCAUGAUAUGACCUUAUCAUGCCUCUCAGUAGGAUACUGUACAAAUGAAGUCCAUCCUGCUUGUGUAAUUUGUGUACUGCAUCUCUUUUAUCGAUUAUUGUCUCCCCAAUAAGGAAGCAAUGAAUAUAUGCAAUAUACAUGGAUAUGCAUACAUAUGAGACAGAAGAGGGGUUUUCUCAGUUAUUCUAUGGGUUCAUUAACCAAAAGCUCCCCUCUUAAUAUUACCUUUACAUGCCAUGACAUGUUAUUUUCAGUAUUCCAUUACCACUGUGUUGAUCAAAAAUUGUUUAUUUUUAUAAUGUAUCAAUGUACUCAAGCAUAGCACAAAAUCCUGUUAUUGGGCAGCAAAGUUGGAAGGCAUUCCUUAAUGUUUAUUUACAGAGAUGGAGAAAUUUGUGGAAUAGAUUUCUAAGGCAGGGCAAGCAGGAGGCUGGACUGCAACAUAAAAGCAUCAUUUGUGUUUUUGGAAUCGAACAUAGGGGUGGCAUUGUCCGAGAAGAAAGUAUUUUCCUAUUACCAAGCUUAACUAAAUAGAAAAGUAUUUAGUGAAAAUAAAAUUAUUACAGGAAGGGGAACAUUGUGACAUAAUAAACUUGGGUAUUAAUGUUUCAACUUGUGUGACUUGAACCUUUAUUCAGAGUAGAGGGUAACCCUUGUUUAAAUGUUUGUAUGCUGAUUUUGUCACACAAUGUGUUUGUCACACUGAACAGUCUAUGAAAAGGAUUAAACUGGUGAAUUUUCCAUUUUGGGAAUUUUCUACUAACAGAAGGAACAGAAGGAACUGGCGGAAGCUGAUUAAAAUCACGCUGUUUAAAAAAUAAUUUUGAAAUAUUUUAACUACACUUAUUGAUAACCAAUGCUAUAUAUUGCUACAUAAUAUUUAAUGCAUAAUGCACCCACUCCCACCACUCUACUUUACUACACUGCCCACCCUCCUCCCAAUUUAAUACACUGUCCCUUCCCACCCCCAAUUUAAUACACUGCUCUCCCUCAAUGUAACACACUUCCCCUUAAUCUAAUACACUGCAAAGAGAUAUCUUUGCCAGAAGCUCAAGGAAGCAGGCUGAAGAGUCAGUGUAGGACCCGCUCUAGGGGGGUGUACCUUGGCGUUGGCAGGCGGGCAUUCCCUCUAAUGGCCAUUGGAGCAACUAAAUGACCUCCAUUUGUCUAAAUAUACAUAGGGAUUAAGGAGAGAGCGCAGGUAACUUUUUUUCAUUUAGUUGCUCCAAUGGCCAUUGGCGGGAAUGCCCGCCUGCCAACGUCAAGGCAGACCCCCCCCUAGAGCGGGUCCUACACUGACUCUUCAGCCUGCUUCCUUGAGCUUCUGGCAAAGAUAUCUCUGAUGAGACAGAGAGGGGUAUUAUAUAUAAGAGUGCAGGUAACUUUUUCUUUUCUUUGGUUUUUACUAUAUAUUGGGGCUGAUGUGUACUGUAGUCAUUGCUGCUGGCCCAGGAGUGAUGGGAGUGAGCGCAGGACUUCUCUUUUUGUAUUUGUAUUUACUUUGUAUCACACAGCCUUGUUACAAUGCCCAUUCCAUGUGUUCCCUAUUAAGGGGUUAAAAAUAGGGAUGUAUAUAAAAAAUACCACUCUCUGUCUCAUCAGAAAUAUCUUUGCCAGAAGCUCAAGGAAGCAGGCUGAAGAGUCCGUGUAGGACCCGCUCUAGGGGGGGGUGUCUGCCUUGACGUUGGCAGGCGGGCAUUCCCUCCAAUGGCCAUUGGAGCAACUAAAUUACCUCCAUUUGUCUAAAUAUACAUAGGGAUUAAGGAGAGAGCGCAGGUAACUUUUUUUCUUUUCUUUGGUUUUUACUAAGAAAACAUAGCAGCCAACGAGAGAAUUCAUAUAAAUAAUAGUCUACUCUAUACUAUAGCCCAUACUUUCAUUUUUUGGUCCAAUAUUUUCCCAACAUUGCAAUCAUAACCUGUAACUGUGCAGAUUUAUUUUACCUUUUAACAAUGUAUUUCUCUUUCUUUGUCAGCCAAACAGCACUGCUGAAACACGAGCCAUUGCCAGGCUAGCAACACACCCAUUACUGAAGCAUAAAAUUGCAGCUUUAAAAGGUGAGAACUUCCUGUCAGUCCAGCCGGGUACAGGAAACAGAAGCUCCUGUACCGCGGUCUGCUCCGCUCGGCCACUCUACACUCAGUGGUGUAUACACACUGACAGUCACACACUCUCAAUGACAAACACACAGACAUCCCUGACAGACACAGACUCACUGAUGUGACAUACACAUAUUCCCUAACAGACACAGACUGGCAGAUACACACUGACAGUCUCACACACACACUCAAUGACAAACACACAGACGUCAUUGAUCUGACACACACUCAUUCAUUGACAGACACGCACACUGACAGACACUCCUUGCCAGACACACACUGAUAGUCACACACAGACUCAAUGACAAACAUACUCUCACUGAUUUGACAGAUGCACAGACAUACACUCACUAAUUAUUAAUAUUUUUAUAAUUAAAAAUAUUCCACCCAGCUUCCCUACCUGGAGAGCUGGCGUUGGUCUGUCGUUGGUGGUCCAGUGGGGCUGGCAGUGAGGCAUGGGGCUGUGGUAGAAUAAGAGGUGGCGAGGGAGCUCCGAUCUCCCUGCUCUGCUCCCUCGCGGGCUGUCUACUGAUGCCGGGAGCCGGAAUAUGACCUCAUAUUCCAACUCCUGCGGCAUCAGCAAACAGCGCUCCCUCGCCGCCUCUGAUUCUACCACAGUCGCACCCUGGCGGGUCCAUAACAUGGCCUGGUAGGAGGGAGCGCUUCCCUUCUGUUGGUCAUUGGAAUUUUGUGCCCCCAGAGCAAGUGCGCCCCUUAUGGAUGCGCCGGCCCUGAGCCAAGUCCAUAGUUAAAUGCAAUAGCAUAAUGAUAUUUUAAAAGAAAAGAAUCCGUGGGUAACAUUUUUUAUUCCUUUUUAUUCUUCUAGCACUUGAAUCCAAAAUAUCCUACAAAUUAUGCCAUAAAAAAAAACAUCUAUUCCAGCUGGUUUGCCCAUCAGAUAUUCCUGUUUAAUCUUCCAAGUGUAGCAUUGUGGAUGAUUAUACCCUGUAAAAUAUAGUUAAUUUUGGGUGAUGCAUUUUAAGUAACAUAUGACCAUCCACAUCUGUUCUUUUUUCACAUCCCUAAUGUUUUCUUUGGUUUAAUGGUUUUGUUUUCUGACUGCCAUAAUCUUUGCACAACUUUCCAGUCACGUACUGAUCUCCACUGGGAAUUUUCUACACAUAGUUAGCUCCUGCUUUUAAAGUCUCCAUUCAAUACUUUGCCUUCUAAGUUUACAGUCUUACUGUCAUUUUACCUUAAAAUAUACAUUUCUGUUUUGUAUUACAUUAAUAGAUACAUGUUUCUUCUCCAGUGGUUUACUGAUUUUACAGAGAACCAAAUAAUGUUUUUUUCCAAGAAAUCUUUAACUGGGUUUCUAGUUAUCUGCAUUAUUUUAAGCAUGGUCCACAAUGUUAUGUAAUUAAAUAAGUAGCACAGUACGUUAUCAAAACAGUAUGUGUUUUCUUGUACUGGAAAGCAGAAGAGGUAAAUGAUGUAUCUAUAACAUCUACACCAUAAUCAUGUAAUAUUUUAGUGCCUAAAAAGUAUUUUUGGAUAUAUUGGUACAUUUAGAUUUUCACUUCAUUAUUAUUUACAUAAAAUAAUACAUAUAAGGAAAUUUGGUUAAUGGAUACCAUGAACCGUUUAUAUGUUCUGUAUAUGAUAACUGAUAUUAUAUUUUUUAGGUAUGUUUGUUUAGCUUUCCUAGUUAAAGGGUCACUUUAAUUACCAAAACAAUUUCAGGUUAAAUGGUUUUACUCUAAACACCAUGACCACUUCAGUGAUCUGAAGUCGUUAUGGUGCAUGCAGUCUGUAUGUGAAGCUUUUCACUAUGAAAACACCCCUCCAGGAGCAUUAGCCAGCCUGGAACAAGCCCUAAAAAGGGUUAUUUUCCACAUAUGGGAUUUCAGUUACAGCACUCUGAUUGGCUGUCAGGGUGUAUGAGGGAGGUUUAAACCUCCUUUAUAACAAUAUGAGGGUUAUAUUGAUCUUCAUAGGCUUUUAUUUGUUUUAUUUGACCUUCAACAAACUGAAUGAUCGGUUGUCCAAAUCACGCAAUCGAAAUACAGAUACAUCAAACGAAGGCAUGGAACUAAUUCGGUUUGGCCCAGUAGGUUUUUUUGGUUUUGUUUUUUUUACUCAAAAGCUAUUUGGACGAACCAUAUUAUCAGCCCGUGCACAAGUUUAAUGCCCAUUGGAGCAUUAGACUAUACAAGAUGAGAUAUUACCUAUUGUUUUCUUGAGCAUUGUCUGAUUUUUAUUUAUUUACAAUACAGAUUGUCUAUUUUCAUUUGUUUUAUUAGAGGCUAUAAAGGCUUUUAAAGAUGCAAGGCGGCUUCUUCCAGAAGGGGAAACUGGAAAAAAACAAGAUCACAACCUGCCUGAAUCUGACCAGAACAAGGGCUCUAAUGUAGAAGUAAAAAGUAACCAAGGAAAAGCAAAACCAAAAAGAAAAGCAGAAGAAACAAAGCGAGUAGACGCAAAGCAAGCAGAAACAAAGCAAGUAGACGCAAAGCAAGCAGAAACAAAGCAAGUAGACGCAAAGCAAGUAGAAACAAAGCGAGUAGACGCAAAGAAAGUAGACGCAAAGCAAGAAGAAACAAAGACCGAUACCUUAAAUGAACAAGAGUGCAAAAGAAUAUUUGCAGAACCUGACUACACUACUGAAAAUGCAUUAAAUAAUUCAGAAAGUUCACCAGCUCAAGAGAAUUCAGAAAGUCUACCAGCUCAAGAGAAUAUGACAGUACAGACAAUACAAACUAACACAGAAGUCAAGUCUGAAGCAGUUGAAAGGAUACCUGAAGCAGUAAAAAGCAUAUCUGACAAGAAAGUUUUGGCACAGAGUUCUAGCAGGGAUUCUAGUGAUAUUGAUGACUCAGACAAAGAAUAUUUUGAUGAUAGUACAGAAGAAAGGUUUUGCAAGCAUUCCUCGGGUUUUGAAGACAGCGAUAGUGACAGUGAAGAUGACUUUUUUAUUGGCAAAGUACGACAAACAAAGAGAAAGAAGUCAGAUAAAAUAUGCUCAGAGGGAACAGAAAAAAAGAAACCUUCAUCAAAACCUGCUACAAAAGAUUCAGAUAUGAAGCACGGGAUUACUGCCCCUAAAACUGUAAAAAUACAAUCACUCUUCUGCAAAUCAUUAUCAGACACCAAACAGAAGACUUCCUUCAAGAAAAGGUUAGUAUUUAUAUCAUGCAUUCCAUUUAACAAUGUAACAAUGGACAAUCUAGGCUGCAAUUACAAAAGAGGUGGGUAAGCACAUGUUUUAAAAUAGUGACCAUGUCCCCUGUACCGAGAUGACCAAACUCCAAAAAGUGAUGAUAAAGAAAAGGAAAAAAAAAAGUCCAGGUCCAAGUCUGAAAUCCAGGCAGAUUUAAUGGAUGAGGAUCCGCUAGUCAUUCAUUAAAUCUGCAUGGAUUUGAGACCUGUACCCAGGAUUUUUUUUUUUCUUUAUCACUCCAUUCAGGAAUUGGCACAUUCUCUUUAGUGUAAUACAAAAGUAACAUAGCUAAAAAAAAAAAAGCAAAAUAAUAGUUUUAACUAUGAUGUUAGAACCUGUUAUUGCGUCCUAACUAUACAGGGUGCUAAAGCCAUUAGGAAUUAUUGACACAUCCUAGUGACAGAUAUCAUUAUAUACCUGGGCCUCCUCUCUGCUGGGGCCCCAGACUGACAGUGGAGUUGUAUGCAGCACUCAAAGUGAGUCCCCAUCGACUCCAAUGUAAUAAGAAUAGGGUUAAAUACCUGCUCACACCACAAGAUUCCCUAAUUUUUCGUGGCCCCAGACUGAAAGAUGUGCUGUAUGCUCUUCUUGAAAGUUUGCUGUGAGCGUAGUUAAAGACCUGCUCACACCAAGAAGUCAAAUCCCCUCCAGAUGGGGCUCCUUUCUGUCAGCUAGGGCCACAUUUAGAGACUGACCAAUGACCUGUAUGCAGUUCCCAAAGUGAGCACUGCAUGUAGCCAUUUAAUUGCAUGCCGUAAUGAUUCUAGGCUGCCAGCAAUGCAAGAAAGACCCCAAGGUUCUGAACAGACUCUGACAAGGUCUCCCUGCAUGCCCAUUCCACACCACCACCAAUUAUGAUUGUUUCUGGGCUUUGCUAGCUGCCCACCACCCAUCACAUUAUGAUCAGCAGAGGCAGCAUGCUUUAGUUUCUGCAGGUUUGUAACAAUGUUGAGCGUAGCUUCUAGAUAUAGAACUAGUCCACUUCAUAUGUCUAUAUACUUUGGUCCUUACAUACGCAUCAUGAUUGUCAGUCAUAAGCUAUUCUUAGUGAUAUACUAUCAGAUUUAAUUGUAAUGUGUGUCUAAUAUGAGAAUCUGCCAAAUGUUGAGGUACAAACUGAAAUUAUCUUUUCUUUCUUUCUAUUUUAUUGAAAGCAGCUUACAAUUUUAUUCUUAUAAUUUUCAGGGUGACAAAUGUUCCACCUGCAAAGGAUAGAAAAACAAGUAAGUAGUGUUUGUUUUCCUUGAAUGUAAAAGACAUAUGACACUGUUUCGAAUGAUGCCUUAUAGCAUUAUAGUACUUUUCUACUCUAUAAGUUAAAGUUGUAAAAUAGAUUAAGAAGUUUACAUCGAAUUUAUAACAAAAACAUACACUUUAGUUUAACCUCUUUCCUCUACUUGGGGGAUUUAUUCCACCGUCGAUGUCCUGCACUUAGCAGAUGAUAUGUGCUGGGCUAUGCACUCUGCCCAAAGCUUAUCUGUGUGUGAACAGCUUUAAGAGCGCUUUAAAUUACAUUGUGACAGUCACGCUAUAACUUAGCAGGUGAGAAGGAAGUAAAACUCUAUCAUGGUACACUAGAGAAAUCCCUUGUCUGAUGGCAACAGUGACAUCUGAUGGAAACCUUUUACCAGCAAAGUUAGGUUAAGAGUUAGUGUUUGGGUUCUGGUUAAAGUAUUUAAAAAUUAGGGAGUGAUUUAGAUAUGGAAUUUCCUGUCCUUGAGAUGCUUUGUACUGUAAGUGCCAUUUAUUUUAAACCAGGCUUUUCCUUGUGAUGGUAGUUGACAAUAUAUAUAACCUCUUUAAAGCGGAUGUUCUCUAACCAUAGUUAAAUACGGUACAUAUAUUCCCUAUUAACACUGGUACCACAUACCAUUACAGCUACAAAUAUGGCCAUACUAUAAAACUCAUAACAUCAUGUGAGAUAUACCAGGGUAUCUUCUUUUGCAAAUGGUUUAGAUUUAUGGCGUACAAUUUGUUAGAUGCUAAUACCCUAAAAUGCAACAAUUUUCAUUUUUUUUUAACGUUAAAAAAAGUAAACAAUCACAAUGGACAGGACAUUAAUGAAUACCACAAAGUUUGACUGAAAAUGGUGAAAACAAAUGGCUCAAUGAUGACACACUGUUUGAAAUACCCCACAUGGGUCUUUCAAGGCACAUGUAGUCCUUCCAGUCUGCAGAGGUAUUACUAAAGCGGUAGUUCACAUUCUGCAGUAGCAAUAUCAAUUUUGGCCCAGUUUGAACAUAAUUUGUUGACUGGGAUGUUAAGCAUCAUAACCAGUACAGCCUCUCUGCAUGGGGACAUGAGAAUGGGAACAUUUUAAUUUCAAAUUAUUAAUCACAAAUAAUGUUUAUACAUCUGCGCAGGGUUUUGCUUUGACAAAUAAUCGUUAGCCCUUUCUGUGGUACCAAAUUAACAUUUAUAUUUGGUUUUGGGUUCUCUGUUUUGUUUAGUUUUUUGUGCAACGAAUUAUUAAAAAGAUUGACAAACCCCAAAGGGAUUGCACUUAGUCUUGUCGCAAAGUAACAACUACAAUAAGCUGACAUGGUUUUUGUUCUUGAAGUUUUACUUUAAAUACAUAACUAACUUUAUUUAUUGUCUUGUCAGUUGUUCCUCAAUCAAACAAACUAAUAAGGAAAUCACAACCUAGCAGAGAUCCAGCUAUGAAGCCCAAGAGUAAACCUCAAGAAUCACAACAAUCGCUACACCCUUCCUGGGAAGCCAGUCGUAGGCGCAAAGAACAGCAGUCUCAAAUUAGGGCAUUCCAAGGAAAAAAGAUCAUAUUUGAUGAUUAGUUUAGUUUUAUAUGUUGAGGUCACUGUGCAGCAUAUUUAUGUUAAAUAUCCUAUACAAGCAUAUGCUCAUUCCAAGAUCUAAUAAAAACCAUUGUGUCCUCUGUUUGCAUUGCGUUAGCAUUUUAAGAUUUGUUUCGAUAUAGAUAAGAAUCAGUAUGCACCCAUUGAAACAUCAAAAUAAUACAGAUAUUCCAGGUGUGUCUCAACACAUACCUGUUAGAAUAAUAUUGUGUUGGGACACCAGGAGAUAAAGGUUUCAUUUUAAAAUGAAACUCCAAUCGUGGAAAUGUUUGAAAAGUAUGUUAUGUAAUUUGAUUUUAGAGGAGGACGAAUUUUAUAUAUUUAUAUAUAAUGUGAUGAGUAAUAUUAUUACAAUUUUGUAUGUUACAUCUCAAACUUGAUUCUGCAUUGGAAAUUCAAUUCCUGAAAUUUAUGUCUUGGCUUUGGCCAGAAAACUUAACUAAAAGUAAAGAAAAAAUCUGAUUUAAAUUAAUUAAACACUGAAAGUAAGUGGCAUAUCUUUAGGGGAGGUUAUGUACUUGGGAUAACAACUGUAGAACAUGUAUGAGACAGAGAGGGGUAUUUUUCUAAACCCCUACAUACUUAUUAGCCCUUAAUGGGCUGGGCGGCCACAUUGUAACAUGGCUGUGUGAUUCGAAAGCAAAUACACAAAAAUACUCAACCACAGCUGGUCAAGGUAUCAGCGAAGCGACUUUUACAUCACCAAAGACUUGAGGCACUCGGUUAACAUCACUAGACGAGCAGUGCUGUUCCCCCGAAGUGAGGCUCGAGGUGGAACGCACGGUGGUACGCACGCCGUCCUCACCGGCGAUCAGAAUUUGGAUGACAGCAGUGCCCGAGUUAAGGUUUCUUCGCAAUUUUUUUCCUGUAAUAGACCAGUAUUGUGACUGUGGAUCUUAUGUGAUUAAUAUUUUUUUUUAACCAUUUUUAAGUAUUUUGAAUAAAUUGGACUUUUUUAUCCUCUCAGUUGUUUAACCAUUUUUAUACUAUACAGUAUUUGGUGGACAGUGCUGGUAUAUCUGUUCCUAGCGAGAAUAUUACUUGCUUAAUGGUAAACAGUAUUAUUGAAAGAUUUUUAUCAUCUGUUAUCAGAUUAUCUUUUUAUUUUUCACUAUUUUUUAACUAGUAUACCGAUCAACUAGUUAUUAGUCAUCUUGGGAUACUCUAUUUUCUUGAAUUAAAACACUCACACUACAUAAUAUCUGCAGAAUUAUUCUUAAACAUACUUUCAUUUUGUGUGAAUUUUUACAGUCAUCUAUUUAAAUGCAACAUUGUGUCAUUUUUAACUAAUUCCAUUUUUGCUACUAUCUGUAUUAACAGUAGGCUCCUGGAUACUUGUGACUAAUGUUUUAGCAUCUUACAUUUUACACAAAAAUAAGUCCUGCACUCAGACUUCCACUACUCCUGGCUGGCAGCAUUGACCAUAAUACACAUCAGCCCCAAUACAUACCAUAAAAACCAAAGAACUACCCCAAAUACCAAUGCAUGUAGGUAUUUUGUUUUACUCCACUGGCCAUUAGGAGUAAGCCCACCACGUCAAGAAAAACCUCUUAGGUGGGUCCUACACUGACAAUUCAAAUUACUUCCUUCAGCUUCAGGCAAAACAAAAUUCUAAUGAGACAGAGGGGUAUAUUUCUAAACCCCUACAUACCUAUUAACCCUUAAGAGGUUUUUUUUUUUUUUUAAUAUUUGUGUAUGUGUGUAAAUAUAUAUAUAUACAUACAUACACACACUUUUUAAACCAUCAGUCAAGAUAGUGUGGAUAAAUAAAAAAACAAAUAGGACAGCCUGAGUUGGACUCUGCUGCUAUUCGAUGUUCCCAGUUAACAUAUGCAAAUAAAAAGUCUGUUUAUACAGUUGUGCUCAAAGGUUUGCAUACCCUGGCAGAAAUUGUGAACUUUUGGCAUUGAUUUUGAAAAUAUGACUGAUCAUGCAAAAAAUGUUUAUUUUAUUGAAGGAUAGUGUAAUACCAUCCCUUCUGAGAAGCAUGGUAGUAGCUCACUGAUGUUUUGGGGUGUCUGAGCUCUAAAGACACAGGGAGUAUUGUGACAAUUGAUGGCAAGAUGAAUGCAGCAUGUUAUCAGAAAAUACUGGUAGACAAUUUGCAUUUUUCUGCAUGAAAGCUGUGCAGGGGACACUUUUGGACUUGCCAGCAUGACAAUGACCCUAAGCACAAGACCAAGUUGACCCUCCAGUGGUUACAGCAGAAAACGGUGAAGGUUCAGGAGUGGCAAUCACAGUCUCCUGACCUUAAUAUCAUCGAGCCAGUCUAGGGGAGAUCUCCCACGUGCAGUUUAUGCAAGACGACCAAAGACUUUGCAUGACCUGGAGGCAUUUUGCCAAGUCGAAUGGGCAGCUAUAACACUUGCAAGAAUUAGGGGCCUCAUAGACAACUAUUACAAAAGACUGUUCGCUGUCAUUGAUGCCAAAGGGUGCAAUGCACAGUAUUAAGAACUAAGGGUAUACAGACUUUUGAACAGUGGUCGUUUCAUUUUUUUUCUUUGUUGCCAUUUUUUUUUAUUAUGCCAGAAAGAGAAAUAUAUGUACCAGAGAAUGUAUAUGUACUCUGCACACACAAGAGUGGGAAAUAUAUUAAGCUAAUGUCAGGGGACCACAAGAAACACAGAGGAAAAGAUAUAAAGCCGUGGACUGCAGCAGUGACAGGUGACCACAAGAGGGGCAGACGGAAAGACAUAAAUAGGGCAAUGGAUUGGAAGAGUAACAGGGUGAAGGAGACCUAAAAUAGAGCAAAAAAAAAAAAAAGUCCUAAGAGAAGGAGAAAAUUAACAAGUCUGUUUUAUUCUUUAUUGGUCACUUUGAGCUCAUUAAGCAGGUGACAUAGAAACAUAGAAUGUGACGGCAGAUAAGAACCAUUCGGCCCAUCUAAUCUGCCCAAUUUUCUAAAUACUUUCAUUAGUCCCUGGCCUUAUCUUAUAGGUAGGAUAGACUUAUGACUAUCCCAUUUAUGCUUAAACUCCUUUACUGUGUUAACCUCUACCACUUCAGCUGGAAGGCUAUUCCAUGCAUCCACUACCCUCUCAGUUAAGUAAUACUUCCUGAUAUUAUUUUUAAACCUUUGCCCCUCUAAGACUAUGUCCUCUUGUUGUGACAAUAAAAUAUACCUAAAUGAAAAUAGUAAACCUAGCAAAUUUUGUUAUUGGGUCACCUUCUUAAAGGACCACUAUAGUGCCAGGAAAACAUACUCGUUUUCCUGGCACUAUAGUGCCCUGAGGGUGCCCCCACCCUCAGGGUCCCCCUCCCGCCCGGCACUGGAAAGGG